GAGUCAUACCAGGCUCCGAGAAGUAGAAAAAUGAGAAAAAAAAUUCCUCCGCCGAAACGACUGAGUGGAAGAACGUUGACUUCUAGUAUGCAUCUUUAUUCGUCUGCUUGAAGAAUUUGACAUUGUUCAAAGCAAUAAUAGACGAUGUUAGUCAGAAAAAGCUUUAAAAGUUUUUUUUCCCAUCACUUUAAAGUGGCGGUAGAUCCUCGCUGACUUGAGCAGCGGAAGGAUACGUGUUUCUGUUCCUUCACUCAGUGUGACUUCAGUAACUGGUGAGCGGAGAGGUGGAAGACUUCUACACAGCCGACGCCGACUUGUAAAAGUUAAAUUUAUGUUAUUUUAAGCGGUUUUAACGGAGCAAACUGAGGGAAAACCGCGAAUUAUGGCUGAUAUUUUGUAAUUUGGCAGCACAGGUACUUUUCCUCGUUAACUGUGAAUGACCCAUUUCCGACGAGACUUUUUUUAAGAACUAGCUCACCGCUCCAGGAGACAACUCAACUUUGGGCUGGCGACCUUAUGUGGAUUUUACAGAAAAUAUGGAGCGGAUCCCCGGUCUCUCUUCGGGCAGAUCACUAAUACUGGUCUUCUGCUUCAUCCACCUCUCUUUGGGUAAGUUUAUUAUUAGAAAAAAAAAACACUGCACGGUUUCCCCUCAUAUUUCCAUAACUUGUCAUGAUCACGUUUUGUUGCCUCUGCAUCUGCGGCGCACGGGACAGACGUAGCAUCACUACAUACGGUUAACGCUUGUGUUUGUUUAGAUGAGUAACUUUAUAAAAGUUACCAAAAAAGGCGAUUAAAAGUUGAAGGCAGAGAAAGUUAGUUGUUAUAAGUUGUGGUUUAAUGUAAAAGAUACUUUUUUUUACUGCGUGGUGACAGUUUUGUUCCUGCUGCGUUUGGAUCAACUUGUAAUUUUUGGACUUUCACAUGCACUUAUGCUGACUAUUGCUCCUUUACUUUAACAAUAAUCUAAACCAAUAAUAAUGUCUUUCUAUCAAACGCACAAUUAUGGACUUAUUCAGUGUUGUAUGUUUCUAUUCGUGCCAUUAUCACCACCAAAUUGCCUUUCUAACGCUAAAAGGCCAUCCUUUUUCAUUAUAAAUGGCAGUAAAAGCCACAAGAUCUGCACCAGAUUUCACCCAUGUGUCUCAUUUAGACAGCUUUUUUGCAUUCAUGUGAGAAAUGUUGACAACCCUGCAGUGACUGUUGCACCACUGGCCAGAUGUUGAACAGCAAGAACAAGAGAGAGGGAAUUCAAAAUGGACACCUACAAUGUCAAGACUGCUCUGACUGUGAUGAAGGACUGUGGAUUUUUGGGCAAAUACUCACCGUCACCAUUGUGGUUGGAAGUAUUUCAGGAGGGAGAAAACCUCAUUGUUUGUCCUUGAACACACUUGCGCAUUUAUUUGCAGUCAAACACUGUCAGUUUGAAGUUUUUUGAUCACCCUGUACUGUGUAGAAACAAGGCUCCUCUGUCAAAUAGGCUUGAAAAUAGGAAAAAAUUAAAAACGUGGGUGUGAAAAUGACCUGAAUAUGAGUCACAAGUAAACCAGGCACUCUGAUUUUUUCAUAGAACUGCUCAUUACUGUAAAUGACAGAAUAUAUUUGAUAUAAAAGGGAUGAAAUAUGAAAACUGGUUUCCACCUGUCUUAUAUUUCGCCCUAAUUAGGUUCCACUAAAUACAGCCAAUUACUCGAUCCACAGUGUUAGGUGUUGAGUCAGCCCAGGUAAGAUUAGGAAGUACUUAAAGGAAUAGAAGUGGCAAAAAACUGGCAGUAGUUUGGAGCACACUUGGUUUAUGUCAUUUACGGCAAAAAGAAACAGACUGCAAAGGGUAAUAGUAACUUACAGCAUGCACUUUUUAUUUAUUCUAUUGUAGGAGCAGGCAAACACCUUAAAUACCUCUGCAGCAGACAUUAACAAGUGUUUAAUCACGUUGUCUAAUUUGACUGUGAUGUGAAUUUGUCUUUUCUGCUGAGUCUCAUCUUAUUAAUGCGUGUUUAUUUCGAAAGAGGGAUGAAUACAGUAUUGAAACUCUUCUACCCUUGUUGAAGAUAUUCUGCCUGUCUAUACCUUUCUCUGUUUCUGUGACUGCUCUCAGAAAGUAGACAUAGCCUGUAGCUUUUUUUUAAGUGUUUGCGGAACGUUGACAAGGCAGUAAAAUUGAAUUCAUCCCACAUGGUUUCUAGCCUUCUAGCUCGGAGUUGAUACAUGCAGCUCUGCUAUUCUUUCUCACGUUUUUUUUUUUCUUCUUCAUGAACGAUAGGUGACUCGUGAACAGAGAAGUUACACAAAAGGCGAAAAGACAAUGUGAAGUGCUGCAGGCAGUGCAAGGAGAGGCAGUGGAAUGUUGUUGGUGUUUGACAUUCCUCCCCCCUCUCUGUUCAGUCUCUCUAUCAAACACACACACACACAUGCGCUCACACACUCACUUGCACACACACACACACACACACACGCUCUCUAAAUGUUCUUUUCCCUGCUCUUUCCAUCCUCCACUAUCCUUUCCACGCUUGUGCAGAACUAUACCAAAAAGUUUGUUUGUUGCUUGCAAUACAUAAGAGGUUUUCCAUUUGGCAGGAUGGUAGAAGGUGUUGCUUACCUUGCUGAAAAGACAGAGGUUUGAGGUUUACCUUUGCCACAGUGAGUGCCAUCAGCCUGCAGCUUUUUUUCUCCUUUAUUUAUCAAGUCUCUUUGAGUCUUUAUUAAACCUUUCGUGUAAUAACUGCUUCGGGGUUUGACAGUAGUUGCCAGAGAGGGAUUGGCAACCAUUUCUCAUCCUGUGGUCUUAGCUUUUAAUUUCCCCAAAGCAGUAAUAAAACAGUUGCAUUAGUUAUUGAGGCUGGAUGGAUGAAUGAAGGUAAAAAAAAGGAGCCCAGUUACAGACAAGAGAACAGCUGUACUACUGGUAUUUGGUAUAAGGAAUUAUUGGUUGGCACUUAAACAGGUAACACUCAAGAGUUGACUUCAAUAACUUAGUUUGGUGGCUAAAGUGAGUAAAGAUGGAGAUUGUUUGUUUUUAUUGAGAAGCACCACUAUCAAGUGUCAGAGUUCGUAUAGAUCGGUCUAUUUCGUCGUUCAGUGGUGAAGCUGAUGAGACUGAAACUUCCUAAACAUAACGUACAACCAGGGAUAGAAAACAUGACUUUUUAACUACCUUGGCCUAGUGGUCAUUUCAUAGACACCACCUUGAACACUUAAUGUAACCCUAGAUCACCUUAUCAGGUCGGCUAACAAGCUUUUUACGUGCCGAGUUUCACUUGGUUUUCAACAUUGGAUUUUCACUUAGUUAACUGAUGGGGCUUGCUGCAAAGUUUGGGUGUGAUCAUUAUGGCUGUUUUUGCUGCAGCACACAAAGUUGAUUGAGAUUAUCUGUCUCUUAAAGGGGGUGUAUUUUUGUUUAAUUUGAGGUUGCACUUUUAAUGAUCCUUGCACGUUAUUGACCACCAGGAUUCCUCUUUGUAUGUUUGUCAUGUUAAUACCUGCUGGCUGCUGCAGCAGUUUGAAUUACAUGAUGUGACAUGUCUUCAUAUGUUAUGUUAUUUUGCCUGAUUCUGAAGACUUGGUGAGAGAAUCAAUAAGUUGAACUGUGAUUGGUUUUCAGGUUUGGAAAGUUUCCAGCAUGGUAUGUGUUGAGCUCUGAUUUGUCUGUGUUUCACCGUGUUGUUGAUCAGUUUUUAAAGACACUAAAAGGAGUGAAAGUCCUUUGCGUACAGCCCUAGUGGAUACAGUUGUUAAUCAGUCUGCUUCUUCAGAGUGCAAAAAGUAGCUGUCCGAUUCCUUUCAAUAGGUUUGCUUUUGCAUGAAACAGUGGUUCUCAACACACCUGAUUCAAAUGAUGAGCUCGUUAUCAAGCUCUGUAAUGGCUUAAUAACGAGCUGAUCAUUUGAAUCAGGUGUGCAGGAGUACGGAAACAUCUAAAACAUGCAGGACAGUGGACCUCGAGAACUGGACUUGAAAACCACUGGCAUAAAAAGCUUCAAUCUUAAGAAAUUUAAAAAAAAAAUUGAACAUUUUGCUCACUCGAUCACAUAUGCCAAGUUGAUAAUCUUAGUGCAUUACUCCCUUGUAGAGGACCUUAUUCCUAUACAAGACUAAUUUACUGCAGACCACCACAAUGAUUUGUUCCCUUACAGACAUGAUGGAGUAGUUGAUGUUGUGUAACAAAGUUCUGUCUGAAAAAAGCUGAUAUGAUCCACAUUCCUAUAGUCAACAUACCAGAGGGUACGCUGGCAUUUGUCAACAACUCUCUGCAGUUUGUUUAAUUGAAUGAGCUGUUAAUGUUAAAGAUGCACCGAUUGCAAAAUUCUUGGCCGAUACCGAUUUCCGGUUUUAAAGGAGGUCUGACCUGCCGAAACCGUUUUUUCCGAUACCGAUUUUCUAUCUUAAGAAAUAAUUAAUCUUUCUAUCCAAGAAAUAAAACCCUUCCCCCACAAAAGCAUACUUUUUUCAGUCAUAAUUACAGACCUGAAAAAAUACCAUGAUUCCCUUCUGUGUGCUGCAGCCUGGCUUAAUGCUGAUUCUCCAGGAAGUGUAGGUGUCAUUUCGGUGGCACACGACAACACAGUGUUAGCCCCAUGGUGUGGGCAUGUGGAUGGUUGCAUAUAUUUACCCAGUACAAACAGCAGACAGCUGACAUGCGUGUGUGGAUGUAUUUGCGUGUGUGUAUUUAUUGCAUUGUGGAUACAAACUGACAAAGGCAAGCAAUUGUGCCGCCCGUGGUUUACUUGCAUCUGACCCAAGCGGGUGCCUGGUGUGAAAUGUGAUUUAUCUACGCCAUGCUUCGCCCUGUGCUGAGAAGACAAAGAUAUUUAUUGAGCUGCCCACAACACUGCGUUAUUUACUGACCACCAGCUCUGCCCACUGCUGUGUGCCUGGGUUACAAAUGUGGUAUUGGACAUCUUCUCUGUGGGACUCCUCUCAGUUGCUCCUUGCAGUGGCUGUCUCAUAAACUUCCCAUGGCUUUAGUGUGUUCAUAUUUCAGGCCAUACGCAGUCUGAUUAGUUGUGUAGUUAAAAAGCCCUGCCGCCUUUGUUUACCUCUUGUCCUGGAGUCAGAGGACAUAGCUUUGCAGGACUGCAUUUGAGAGAUAUUGGUCUGAAUUUGGACGCACACAGACAGUGCAUGUGUGUUCGUGUUUGUGUAACUGUAUUAGUUUAGGAUUAAUGUAAAUUUACAUUCCUACUUUGAUUAAACAGUUGAAGUGGAUACACAUAGCAUACAAGGUAAAAGUGAGGAGUUCAGUUUAGGCCGGUUACCCUUUGGCAGAGGCACUGGUGCUGCUCGACCAGUUUGCUCUUACUGGCUUUGAUCCCCGCUCAUACAAUAAAUACUAGUCAAAAUGUGAAUGAAUAGGUGCAUGCCCCGCAUGAACUACAUGCACUGUUACUAUAGGAGGUGGUGUUUGUGGCUGUGAAGGUUGAGGGGAUUACAGAGCGUUGUGUAUGCACUGUUGAGCAGGUUAGCAAAUUAACAGGGAAUUACUGCGGUCUGCAUUCCUUGGCCAACACAACCCGUAAUCCUGGAGACACUCAGGCAGGGCGCAUGGAGUAAUGAAGCAAGCAGGGCACAUUAGGCUGGAGAAAGAAAGAAAGUACUCUAACAGUGCCUUUCCACAUAGGAGUCCUUUUUUGGUUCAGUACAGUUCGGCACAGUUUGGUAAAGUAAACCCUAACCUUGCUUGCAUUUCCACAACAGACUGUAUCCUACCCUGACGCUCAACAAAUCAUACCAAUUAGAAUGCCUGUGCGAGCUCUCAGUGCAGCUCACACUGAGUUUUUCUGCCAGCUAUGUGGAUCUCUGCCAAAAACACACAGAAGAUUGAUAAACCAAUGGCUGUGCUUGCUCUGUAUUAGCCAGGCUUAUGUCACAAGAAUGAAAAAUACAUGACUGUACAUUUGGCUUUUCACAUCAAAAUCCUGAUCCAUUCUUUUUCUUUCUGAGGAGACUCUAAACACGGUGCUUUUUACUCUGAAUUUGUGUCGCAGGAGAAAAGCAUGUUAAUACACAGCAGAGGCUCCACAUUGUAGGGGUAUCAGAAUAGUUCAUGACAUACUGCUGUAAUGAUUCUUACAAGUGCUGGAUUGAUAUAUCAAUGAAUUAGUGCACGCCAUCUCUGGAGGAAAAAAAAACAUCAAACCUUUAACUGGGUCAUAGAGAACAAAACUAAAAUAGACUGUAUUGUGUUUACUAACCCUGUCAUACAGUCAACAUUCAUUAGAAACACUGCUUCAGGUGAGUCGCUAAUGUCCAGUUAGGUAAAUAAUGGAGGGUGACAGUGUGCAUGCUGUCCUGUCCAUGUUUGUGUGUGUCCUUGCAGAGCUCUGACAUGCAGAAUGGUGAGCAGCAUUAAAAGGAGUCGCUGCAUCGGCAACCCAGCACAGUCAUUUUUAACCAGGAGAUGAUUAUGAUACUAAAAUAUAUCUGUCAUGUGAUGAAUAGACUUCUGAAACUUACUCAUCAUAUGGAAGGUCUGCCCAUGCUAACUUUGGAACCUGCUAUUCACAAAAAAACAAACUAUAUAAUGUUGUGUGGUCAUUAUACCAUGAGAGUAGGGCUGGGUGAAUACAUCAAUAUAUCGUGAUUUUUAUUUGAGGCCAUAUCACCCAGCCCUGCAUGAGAGUUAAAAAAAAUAACAGGAAUAUGUCUCUGUGAGUACCUGAAUAUAUCACAAUACAUGAAUAUAUUGCGAUACAUGUUGUAUCAUCAGAUAUUUCCCAGUACACAACCUUACCACAUGCAUACACAUACACACAGUGCUGUUCAGCCCUGAUGCCUCUGAUCCUACACACCCUAACUAUCUUCUCCUUCACCCCCCGUUACUACCCCGACGACAGAUCAGAGGCAGAACAAGUUUGCCCCCACCUUGCACAUUGCAGACGAGGUGUUGCAGGGACAUAAAUAUCCCACCUUGAACUUGCAGUCUAUAAGGGGCCUCAGUUUGAUCAAACUAGGCCAGAGGAGAUCUUUCUGAAUGUUUCUUAAGUCAUGUAUCUUAAAAUUAGAGGAAAUGUCACUGGUCUGAAUUGAUGUCCAGAUGACAGCAGCUCACUUCUGUGAGAUAAAAUCGAAACUUUUCUAAUAAGGAACCAAUGGGUUGCAAAUUUUGAUAACACUCAAAAAAACAAGUUAUCUGAGUCAACAGGAAAGGGACUUUCGAAAUGCGAUGUGCGUCAGAAUUCAUAUUACUUCACUCUGAUGCUGAAGGGGUAUCUGGGAUUUCUUAAUCGUAUCAGUUUUAGUUUAGAUCAGUGAACAGAACUUUGGAUACUGCAAAGAGAGGGAAAGUCCUGUUUUUUUUCCCACCCAUUCACUUACACACACACACUCACUCACUCACUCACUCUCACACAUAACACGUGACUCUUUCAACUUGUUAAUAACAGCAAAGACUUCUUUCACUUGAAUCGUUUCUUGAGUUUAUUAAAAAUCUGCAUUCUUCAGCUUUGUCUUAUUUUUAACCUGGUAUCAUUUGAAGCUAGUUUUGCUCCUUUGUAUUUUUCAUGCUUUAUUGUGGUAACAUCAGGGGAGGUUUUCACAGCUUUUGAGUUUUUUUUCAGGUCCCAGGUCAAGAAAGGCAUAUGCAAAUUUCUCCUCUUGACCUGUGUUGUGGGGGAUCUGUAGUUCUGCAAAGCAUUGGGUUGACUUGACCAGAGUUUCACAAUCAGUGUUUUUAUUGGUUUUAUCUGGCGGAGUAGACCGUGACAUAUUAAUAACUAAGCUUUUAUCUUCUGGUUUUACCGGUACUGAGCGUGAUUGGUUUCAUUAGUAGAUGUUAAACAGGAAACAGUAUGAUAAAUGAAACAGAGCAGACUCAACUGACUCAACUUAGCCACUUACAGUGUGGGGUUCUGCAGGGCUCUCCACAAGGUCCUCUUUCAUUCUUUUACAGAUUAACAACUUAAAAGUGAUUCUUUAAAAAUUCCAUAUGCUGAUGAUACAAAUAUUAAUCAGAGAUAAAAAAUAAUCAUAAGUUUAAGAUCUUACACAUUACCUUUUAAGGGAUGGAUAUCUGGUUGAAAUGCAGUAAACUAAUGUGAUAAAGACUGCUCUUUGAUUUUAAGCCUAAAAAUAGAACUAUUCCAGAUCAUAACCAGCCUGCAGUCAUAGCUGAUGAUGUACUUGAAUCACAUGUCAACCUCAAGUCUGGAUAAAGAAAGCCAACACACACACACACACACACACAAAAUAAAAACGCAGUCCCUCAAGGGUCUUUUUAAGUUUGGCAUCAGAUGCCCCAGGCGCCUCUUUCAAAAAAGCGUAUGUGUAGUAGUACAGUUGACAAAAACAUGUUUACAGCCUGGUAAACUAGACAAUUUUUGCCCGAAUAGCUCACAUAUUAGAGCCGCCUGUGAAUAAACUUCUACAUUGCUCAUAAACACAACAAAUAGCCUAAGUGCAGGUGAUGACGCCUUGACAGGAAUGCAGUGUUUGCUUUAUUACCCUCUCAUGUAACACUCUUAGGUGGGAUACAUUCUGGUUUUCUCCUCUGCACUCUGGCUGAUCACAAAGCCAAGACAAAACUGAUUAAUUGUUUGGUGGUCUCCAAGGUGUGCUUUUGCCUUUUCAUGACACUGGAAAGGGCGCACCACUGUCACAUAAAAAAACAUGCAGAUUUGAGCGAUUGAGAUGAUGUAGAUCUGAUAAUAUAUUCAUUUUUUAUGGAAUUAAAUACAUGAAAAGUAUCAAAAUGCACACUGGCUUCACACUGGCUGCAGUUUCCCUGGCCUCCAAAAUGUACAUGUGCUUUUUUCUGUCAAGAGUGCUUUUAUAGAUCACAGGCUUUUCUUUGAAAGCAGAGGAUGCCAUUUUCAGACCCUAUUUUGUGCUUCUUUUUUUAAACACCUAGAUCUGCUUCUAUUUUGUUGACAAGGAUGUGCAGAUGCCUUCAUUGCAAUGUAAGGUGUCCUCUCAACAAACCCUUUAAGGUUUCCUUCAUCCUCUCUGUGCAGUCUGGAUGUAUGCUCGCUUGAUCUUUGUCUUCGCUUCAAUGAGUUAAAAAACAGUGAAAUUAAAAUCAAUGAAAUCCACAGAAGUUCGCUGUUUGUGUGGGCACUGAUUUGAGCCUUACAGUACGUCCCCACCCUCCACACACUCAAGCUGACCUGUGAGACUGAAGCUUUAAAGCCCCUGCUCGGUUUGUCUGCUGUUUGUGUGGGCCAGUAAAGCUUCCCUCAGGGUAGUAGUGUUUAGUUUGAGCCUCGUCUCCCCUCCUUCCAUGCUGAGCUAAGAGUAUUUUAUUGCAAGUUACCAUGACGACUGUGCAGCCUGCUGGAUAUAGAGGUUUGUACAGCAAUUCCAGGAAAUGGGGUUACUUCCUCACUCAGUGCGAACAACUUCCUGCCCUCCUCUGUGUGGAUGUGUGCCAGGGCUCAGGGACACCCGUUCGUGUGCAGUCUUUGUCUGCAGUUUCAUAAUUACUUCCUCGUCUCAAUCCUCAGCUAUUAACUCGAAGCCCAUCCACCCCUCCUCCCUUUUGACUCUCGUGUUUUCUUCUCAUGACAUGGCUGGAUCUCUAGGGGACCUGCUUGUUGUGUCUGUGACAUAGCAGUGGCGAGUGCUGAGGUGAAAGAAACAUAACGCCAGCUCAGCAUCACAACCUGCUCUCCCCUCUUGAGUUUUUUUCCGGCUGUGAUUUCUAGACUUCUUUGAUUUGACAGACCAUAACAGAAAAAAAUGGUUUGAAUAACUUGUGAUUUAGUAAAGGUUAAAUGAAAUAGCGUAGUAAAAUUUAACUCUCCAAAUGUAAAUAGUUUGCUGCUAUUACCCAAUAGAGAACAGCUCAUUGAAUACUGCAACUAAUAGAAAGAGACAAGUUAAAUAGAGAGGAGGAAAAAGAGCUGCCAACCAUACAGAGGGCCUGUUUUGAAUUAUAAUAAUUCACGACUUUGACUUCACAACCAAGCUGGAAGCUCUUUUUUGGCUUUUCUUAGAAACAGCACUACUUUGUUUUAGAUGCCAAAGGCAGCAUACUUAAGCAGUGCUGAUGCUAGUAUGUUGAUAUUCAGCAGAAAGAUAAUUUUCCCAUUCAUCGUUUCAUUUCUAAAAGCAAAAUAAUCUGUCGUAAUAAUCUUGGAAGCACACAUCCGGAGUUAAAACACAUUAGGUGCUUGGUGGAAAAGAGGUCAACCAAAUGGAAGAAAACAGACAUGAAGCACCACAAACUGUAACACAGUAUGGAUGUUGGCAGUGUCACAGGACUGCUGGAGUGAGAAAAUGCCAGCAGGAAGGUUAAGGCCCUACUGGUGCUGUGGUUAUUUUCUGCAUCUGUUAAAAGUGCAUCAUGACCAGGAUAGCGAGAAGCCCUUAGGGGUGGACAAGACGGCCCUGUGUCAGGGUCUCGUCCACUGUGAAGGAUUCUCUUUCACAUAACCACCAACUGACUUUGUAUUAUCCCUCACUUGAAUAAGGCAUUUUACUUCCUUUCACCUGAUUGGUUAGAAUAGUAGUAGAAGACAGGAAAUAUGGGAAAUAGAAAUGACACGUAGUGAAAGAAAGAGGUCUGCAGUUGAAUGCAGGUCAAAUGUUGACUCAGCCUUUUUUUUUAAGGGUGCCAGACCUGUUAAAAGAGUCGACUUAUUCCCUUGGACUGUAAACCUUUGAGUUGUCAUCCUCAGCCUCAUGAUGAAGAUGAACAUAAGCUGAUUUCACCUAAAAUGACUGGCUUUUUUAUAAACUGGGAACUAGUGAGGAUGUUGUAUUGCUUUGUCUAUUGUUUGUAGUGCUUGUCUAUUUGGUCACUGUUCCUUCUUUUUUUCUUUUCCUAUUUGCAUGACCUCAGGAAUAAGGAUUCAUUUUUAUCGACACUAAUACCUAGGGGUGGGAGAAGAGAUAGAUAGAGCAUAGUAUCGCGAUAUUUUGUCUGGUGAUAGAUCUUAUCAUCUCAUUUAACCGGUAUCGAUUUUUCAAAUUAAUCACUAAUAUGAAGUCAAAUCUAUGAUAAUGGAAAUAUAAAAUCAACUGUUUGUCCAGUGAGGUUGGCCGAGGUGACAUCAUGGAGCAGGAGAAAGUUAGUACAACAAAUAUAAGGUUUGCAAGAUGUGCUACAUGAAAAUAAAAUACUGUGUAAAUAAGACAAAAAUAAAGGAAAGGCAAAUUAGCCUAACAGUUAAAAAAAAUUGUAUAAAUCGCAAUUUAUUGUAUCACAAUACUCACUGUAUUGCAAAAUGUUAAAAAUCGCUAUAAUAUCGUAUCAUAGCCCAAGUAUCGUGAUAAUAUUGUAUCGUGGGGCCACUGGUGAUUCCCACUCGUACAAAUACCAUCAUAGAGACUGAUUCAAGAUGAUUUGAGUCCUUAUCUGUACAGAUAUCAAGUCUUUUCUGUAUUUCCUUCAAACAAUUGUAUUCAUACAGAUUUUUUACCACAAACCUGACAUUUUAACUUGUCAUGAUAACCUGUUACGUACUUUUGCCCAAUUCUACCGAUCCGACCUUGAACACCACAAAGUGUAACGGUGGUUAGUUGGCUAAAAAGCUUUUGUCCUCCUGAUGUCAACAUGGAUUUCAACACUGGAUUAUGACUUUUAACUAGCUGGUCUUGCUGUGAAGCCUGGCUGUGCUUACCCUGGCUGCUUUAGGCAGUCAGAGUUGGUGGAGUUGUUUCAAAGCUCCUGCAUUUUGGCUUGAUUUGAUGCAGAGCGGUGAUGUGGGUGACGAUGAAAGUUGUGGUACCCCCUCGAAAGGAAUUAAUUUGCAGGCACAGCUGAUUUAAUCAACAUUGAAAGUAUGAUGUUACGUGAGACUCUGAACCACUGAGAGUCGAUUGCUGACACAUUAAGAUCAAACAUGAUUGAUUUUCGGGUUUGAAAAAAUGCUUUAUCAGGUAUUUAAUGGAUCUGGUUAUUGAUCCCCAUCUCUAUUCAAGAAUGGACUGUUUGGUCUUCUAUUCACUUGUUUUGACACUCAAAAUCAACAAAACCAGACACAUAGUCAGUAACUAACAGAACUUUCACAAUGGAUUGUGAUACCGAGCUAUGAAGCCUACAGAUGGGCAGUCUUUGUAAAGUUCUCCUUCUUCCAUCUGAAGUCCACAUGACUUGAUUUGAGGUCUCCUGAGGUGGAGACCACUAUUCAUAUCUCUGAUGUUAAAGUUCUCUCCCCAAGAGCUAACUAACAUUACUUGAGCAGCCAUUACUUGUUUUGCUUUCUAUUCCCUACUUGAACUCCCUGUAAACUCCGUGUACACACACAGACAAACUCAUUAACUCCACAAGUCUGGAAAAUGCAGAUGGAGUGCAUAGAAAAGGAAAGUGGACUUUUGAUCAGAAAGGGUCCAAACUUGUAAUUAUUGUGUCAGUUAGCGGUGUGUUUUAUUUGGCUCACACUAUCUGCCUGUGGUUUCACUGUUUACUUUGUCAAUCAAGUCUUAUCAAGAGCCUCAUUCCUGGGAAAUGUGGCUGACCAUGGCUCGUUGAUAAUGAAGUGUGAGAACCGACAGGUAGAAGGGAUCCGAGCUGGAGAUCAGAGUCUGGAUCAGUUGUUGGCAUGUGUGUGCAAAAAACCGUUAGAUUUAUUUGUUAUACUUGAGAAACAGAUGCUGAGACCAGUUCCAAUUUUUGGAGGGAAUCAGUGACCUGUAAGUCAUGGGAGUAAUUGGUUUGUUUGUGUGUGUGUGUGUGUCUUAAAAUGGUAUAAUAGGAGGCAAACUUUCCCAAAUCUGGUGAGAUCAUUGUAUCAGGGAUUACGACAGCAUGCAUGGGAAGCUCAUCAACCUUGGAGUGCAGAUGUUUUUCCCCCAUGCCUCCCUCUUUCUAACUCAACGGUCUUCUUUCUCCCCCUCUUUCAUUCAGCAUUAAGGUCCUUACACACCGGGGCCAACAUGAGUAUAGAACGCGAAAUCACGAAAUAUUCGGAGGCAAAUUUUGACGUGCCUGAUUAUACACAUCAAGCACGAUGCGAUUUUGCGACUUUCUGGGGGGGAAAAGACGCAUUCCGGGGAAGACUUUUUCGGGGGAAAGUCCCGCCUCCUUUGCCUCUGAUUGGCGAGAAAAGCUGGAAACGUCACUAGACGCUCAAGCCAAACAGUCAGUACUUAUAGCCAAUCAGAGGCAAUAAGACAAGCACAUAAAACUAUCGUUACAACCGUUAGCUUACGUUAACACAGAUGAAAGUUAAACCAUCGUCAUAUGGGAAAUCUGACACUAUGACUCUCCACAAGUUGUCCUUCAGGUCGUUAUCUUUGUAAUGUUUGUGUCUUUUAUCAAAAAGCACUCUGUUCUCCGACUCGUAAACAAUCAGCUGGUUGGCCAUGUUGGAUGUACCGGUGAAUCAGACGUCGCAACAGCACGAAAUCUGAUUGGUCAGAAGUGGACACACAGUAUGUGAAACUUUAGAAAAAUCAACCAUGAUCCGAAAAAAUAAAUGCCGCAAUAUCGCAGAGCGGGAAAACGGUGCUGAUGUGAACACUUGUAUUGACAGGAUACGGGUUCGAAAAAAUAAUAUUGACGUCUGAAAUAAUUGCACGACUGAAACCGUCCCAGUGUGUGAGGACUUUUAAUCCCAUGUGCUGUUUGCAAUAGUCCUAUCACUUCCAUGGUAGAUUGCUGUUGUAUUGACAAAGCAAUGAUCAAUCUGAUGCUCUGUAGAUGACUGAUUCAGAGUAUUUUAAACAUGUUUCUGGAUUAUAUUUAGACUCAAUCAAACCAAAAGUGAAACUUUGUGCACUUUGUCACAAGUCAAGUCUUGUGUGUGGAUUUUUGCUGUCUACCCACUGUUGUUAUGUGUGUGACAUUUAUGUGUAGAGUCCCAGCAUGCGUGUCCGCUCAGUAGAGAAAAAGUACCAAAAUAGCUCGGCGUUUUCUGUGGUUUCUUGUUCUGCAACAGUAGUCUGGCAUCGACUAAUACUUUAAUACAGUGGAUGUCCAUGCACUUGUGCACACUGAGGCAUGCGUGUGUGAGUGCGUGCCUGUUAGGAUUAUGAAUUUCACACCAGUUUAUGUGUGCUAUCCCCAUGUCUAAUGGACUAUGUCUGUCAGCCACACUCUUCAGCAUCCGUCUGCCCCCUACUCUCUGAUCAGACCAGUCCAGAAACUAGACCUUCAACACACUGCACCUGAAAAAGAACAUGUUUUCAACUUAAAAUGCUGCAAAAAAACAGAAAAACAGUCUUGUUAAAGUCCGAGCUUCUUCAUGAUAUUUUGACCUCUCAUCUUCAGUGAAAAUGUGAUUAAUCUAGUGGCAGGAAGUGACACUAUAGCUGUGUUCACUUCCUUGUCAUGCAAUGACUGUUUUCUGUAGUCUACAUUGUUGCCAUUUCCUUGAAAUCAGCUGACCUCAGUUUGUAAAAAGAGCCUUGUUCUGCAGAGCGGGGAUUCAUCGUAUAACCACCUAAACAUGUGAGACUAGAAAGAAAACAAAAUGUUAAAACAUCCACAUUUCUCAAGCUUGGAUGAUCUAAAGUGUUUUUCUUGGUAAAUAUAACACACAAAUAAACUCUUAACAGUGGGCUCUUUCUUUGGACUAUCAUAUCAUGCUGUUAAAUAAAGGCACAGGAAACACCACACUUUUAGCUGGCAUAUUGGGUCUGCAUGGUGUGUGUGAAGACCACUUGAGGCAUGUGUCUCUAGCAGCUUGAAGGCAGCACAAUAGCUGGUGUGUUUGGCAAUGACUGUGUCAGUAGAGGGGAGAUAGUUGGGCUUUGUUGUCUUCUUCAAGGCUCAUUUCUGUCUGCUGUCCCAUCCGGCUGCCCUAUGACCACUGACUGGUUUCAGGCUGGCCUUUCAUAUUUGGUUUGAUAGGUGCCAAGCCCUCUGCAUUUCUCUCUAAGAACGAAGGGUAAAAAGAAGGUUGCCAUACAAAGUGGAAUUGUGAAACAGGAUUUGUUAAAUUUCACUGAGCAAUAUAUUACUAUUUCAGAGCAUCAGUUCUUGUAAAACUGCCAUACAAACAAAUCUGAAUGCAAGCAAUUUUACUUUUUUCGCAAUCGACAUAUUUUCAGUUGCACUCCUUGUGUUUUUCAACUACAAGACAUUACUCUUUGCUCAAUACACCAUAACUGGGCGAUAUGGCCUCAAAUCAAUAUCACAAUAUAUUGAGCAGUUCACCUCUAUAACAGUAAAUGGACGAUAACUACUCCACAAGCUGCUCACCCCCUCCCCCAUUAACUUCAUCUACUCCAGCCGCUACAACUUUUGAACCGUCCUCCAUCUCCUCACCUGUCUUUGCCUCUUUAUUAUGGACUGGAUGGGGUGGAGUCAUGUCUGUGACGUAGGACAGUGUUUUAAAGGGACAUGAGACCAUAGCCUACCUACACACAUCCAAAACCAACUUUUAUUUAUGUAUUUUUUUUUGACACCUAGUAUACUGAUAUGGGCAAAAUGACGUUGGUUAUUGUCGUAAAUUUCGGUUUCGGUAAGUUUUUGGAUUAUCGCCCAGCCCUAAUACAUCAAGAACAAGAUGCUGUGGACAGCUAGAUUUUGAAAUCAUGAAAAGAUUUGUAAGAGAGUUUUCAUUUUGAAAACUACCAGCUGUCUUUGUGAAGAUUGUUUUUACAUAAAUUCCUGAUGAAAACAAGCAUUUUGGUCGCUGCAUGAGUUCAACUGGAACUGUGAUUUUUUUUUUUUCUGUGUUAUGAGAUGGUCAAACUUUAAAUGAUGGAUCCAUUCAGCAGGUAUAAACCUCUCUGAUUGUCCUCUUUGUAACUCCUCUCUCAUGUCUUGCAGCUCUACAGUGUAUGGAUGAUAAGGCUCCCUGUGUGAACAACGCUACAUGUCUGACCUUAAGCAAUGGCACCGAGUACUGCAGGUAAGACUGACCCUCUCGUUCUUUGACCAAACACACACUUCUCAGUUGUACUCAUGCUCUCAUCAAAACACUGUAACCACAAUAUGAACACAGCAGCAGCUGCAGGAACACCUCGUAAGGUGCUUAAUGGAUUUGAAAAACCGGCACAGAAACAGGGUUUUUACAACAACCCCUGACUGUCCACGGGAGCAUGAGGUUUUGCUCAUGCACGGGGGGAAUAAAAGCCUCCUCUGUCUGACAAAGUACAGCCGCACUGGGAACAAUACCAACACACACACUUCAACCUCCAAGAUGUUAUUUGGGACAUUUUGGAUUUUUUUUUUUUUACUCUCUUGCUGCUUCUGGAUUGAUGGCCAGGGUCUUGCCAACACACUUCACUGCUCACAGAUUUUUCUGUUUCUGGUGGAUGUUAUGAUGACUAAUCAUUUUCUAACAUGAGAAAGUAAUGUAUUUAGAGUGAUUAAUGUGAAAAAACAUAGUGAAACUCAGUGGAUUUAAAUCAAAAUGACAGGUAGGCUAAUCGUUUUUAACCACGUUUGUUAGUGUAGCCUCGGAGUCCUGCUGCAUGCCAUGCUGCAAUGGAAACUUGAACUAACCUGCGAGUCAGUCUCCUCUAUAACCAGCGGUGAAAUCUCACUACUCAAAAGCAGUGCUGCAGCGUAAAGGAGAGCAGAGACCUGUUUGAUGUAUGCCUUCCACUUUCUGACAGCUUAGCCUAGUUUGUAAUUAACACUGAGCUAUCUUUAUAAUUGUGCUGCCACUCCCGAGCCAAAUUCCCAAAGAAAACACACCAUAGCUGGUUCAUGAACCUGAUCAUAUUUCAUCAAAUGUGCUGUGAAUCACGCUGUGUGUCUGUUCCCAGAGCUUUAGGAAUUUCAACACUCUGCUACUUGUUUAAAAACGGAGAAAGCUGCAUUCCUUAAUCACUGUUUGACUUUGUACUCCAGGUGUAAAGGGACUCAUUGUUUAUGCGUGUGAGUACAAACACGAGCAGCAUUAUUCGACAAGAAGACUCCUCAUCAUGAUGAAAAGCGUUCUGCACAAUGUCAAUUUGUUCAUUACUAACCAUUGUUUUGCUGCAGACACACCAUGUAAACAACCAGUUAAGUGAGACGCAGAUGGGUGUGAAAUUAUGCGACUGCUGCAUGAAGUUACCAGAGCUGCAGCUGCACUUGGAAUGAGUGCGGUGUUGUGGGUGAUUAGACAGAAUGACCUUUCUGAAGAGAGCUCAUGUCAGACAGCUUUUAAUUUAGACGUGCUUCUCGGAUUACAGUCUUAUAAUUGAAAUUUGGAGAGAUGAUUUUUGGGACAAGAUAAAAAAAAACAUUUAAUAUGAGCAGACAGGCACACACUUUCAAACACACAGCAGGGUUCGGUGUCAACUUUCCUGCAAAACAUCUCAAAGAAUAUUGGGGAUCUCUUGACGACUCGCAAUACAGUACAACUAUCAGGGCUUGACUAUAACUUUUUUUAACAAGGAGCACAUGUGCUCUGAAGUUGAAAAAGUAAGGAGCACACGAAGAACUUUUGGGGCACAAUGAAAACUGGUCAACAUAAGUACUAUUAUUUGAAAUCAAUUUUAGGUCAAUUGGUCACAUGACAUGGAAGAAAAUGUUCAAAAUUUGCCUUUAAAUUUAACACAAAAAAAUUUUAGAGGACAAAUUCGGGAAAUAAAGAGGUUUGUCUUGUUGUCCGACUUAAGUACUAUUAUUUGAAAUCAAUUUUAGGUCAAUUGGUCACCUGACAUGGAAGUUACUAAAGGAAAACAGCCUUUUUUGAGAACAUCAACUGGUAAUUUAUUGAUGGUCCCUUAUUCAACACCUGACAUUGAUAGUGAGGGUGCCGAGUAGAUUUAACCACGCUACUUUUGCUAUUCCCAGUUAUGGAGAGUGAGAAGACACUGGUAGAUGCUCAGUGAAUGUCCGUUGAAUAUCCAACCUAAAACUAACUUCGCCGCAGUAUUUACAUGAAAUAACAUUUGUUGCCUCGGCUGAUUUUUUUUUAUGAGCACAUGUGCCCCCAAAUACAUUUUACAAUUCGUUCACAUCUAUUUUUAGUCGCAAAUGCGAGUGAAACGGUCGCACUGUCGAGCCCUGACUAUACAGUGCAAUACAAUAUGCAAGACUUAGCUGAAAGUUAAGAUAACAUCUAUGUUCAUGGAUACUGUGACGAUGAGGAUAUCACAGUCAUACAGUCAUCAAUCAAUGUUUUAAAAGGUAAUAAGGGGAAGAUUUGUGUUUGACUUCUGUUCUCCUUGCCAAAUCAUGUCUUCAAUCACAACGCCUCUCAGCAGCAGGGCUCUCCAACAUUUUCCGGCUGAAGUUUUAAGAGCUGUAUUCAACAUAUAUGAAGUUAUUUCAUCAUUGCUGUUUCAAUAUUGCUUUUACUUUAAAUGAUCUAAAAGCUUACACUUAACCAACAGGUUAACUGACUCAGAUGUGAGAUCAGUUCAACCUCAAGUCACCCUCUGUGUGUUAGGGGCGUGCCACCUAAGGCACCUCAGGAUUCAAUUUACAAUUCAGGGUGCUACGAUUCGAUUAAUAAACAAUAAUUAAACCAUUAUUACAACUAUCGCGGUUACAGAUGCGUCUUUUUCUCCAUGCAGGAUUUCUUUUAAUUAAUGUUGGUCAGCAUCCAUUAAACCACAUAAACAAAGAAAUUUACCUCCAUUAUGUUUUAUUUUUAUUAGACCGAAUGAUCCAACACUUUAUUCACAACAAAAAGAUGCUCUUAUUACAUAAAGUGUUAAGCUUUAAUCUGAUCUAACAUAAAGUAAUGAUUAUAACUUAACCUCAGUAUUUAUAAAGACUUCUAAACAAUGAGCAUCAUACCAUCCCACAACAAUUUUUCUAUCCACAACCAAAAGCAGCUUUAAAUUUAACCACUGCAGAUGAAUAAAAGAACAGAAUAAAUCAAACCACGCCAAGGCAUGUAAGUGCAAAAUGGACGCAAAUGUGCAGCUACUCGUCAUCUUCAUUCUUGUUAUACACGCCUUACAGACAGAGUAGCUUUUGUCAAUGCUCCUUGUGUCUUCAUGUGAAAAAUAAAAAAACUAAAAUGCCCCCACACGCUUGAUUUCAAACCCGAAGCGUAAACCUCGAGUUAACCAGCGAGUGAGCUGCCGCUAUGUUGGCGAAUAGUCUUUUAUGAGUCGGUCCCUGAAAACUGUCCAGGUGGCUUUUUCUUUUCCAGCCAGCUUCUAGGUGCUGUGGUUGUGUUUCCGUAAAUUUGCUAUCAUGGGAAAUAAUUGAUUUCUGAACAUUUGUUAAUCAAUCAUCACUUGUCACACCCCAUCCAAGAAUCAAUGUAUUGGCUCACCCCUACUGUGUGUGUGUGUAUGUGUCAGUGCUCCAGUUGUGUGCAUUGUAAGUCUUGACCUGGUCCUGCGUUCGUACCCUUGUGUCUCAGUGACUUGAACGUGCUCAUAUUCCUGCUCUGGUUGUGUUUCAGGACUUUUACCCAGUCCAAUUCCUGAUCCACUCUCUUAGCCACUGCAGUGUUUGCAUGAGAGGGUUAGUGAUGCUUUGUCUCUGAGUGACAGCUGAUGUAAUGUUUUUUAUCACUGAUGAGAGAAGUUGUCAAAUUUCUUCCUCGAUGAAAACCUGCAUGGGAUGUUGGGAAAACUGAACUGUGCAGGUGUCCGUUUGCUGUCAUCACUGUACUCUGAAUGAGCUCAUAACAACAGUCACCCCUCUCAGCCUCUACCUCUGUUUUCAUUUUAAUAAUGGUGGGAUUAUUCAACGUCUCGCAUUCACUCUCACCCCCUCUUCGCCAAGCUGUCUCUGUUUUUCACCAACCAGUCAGUAUUUUGCGUUUAAAGACAACAUUGAUGAUAAAAAAAGAUAGAUAUAGAGAGAGCGCAGAGUCUUCUUGCCCUGAGGAAAACAGAGAAGCAUUUCUCAUUUUAGAAAAGUCAGCUGACAGAGCGCAGGCCCGCUGUUAGACCCAUUUACUCAUCAUUCAAUUCUUUCUGCCCUCCACAAGCAAACAUAAACAACUGCACAUGCCCGCAUCACGCUUACAUAUGUGCGCACAAAGGACACACUUGCCCCAGUCUGGCCUGUCUGGCCCCGUCUGCACUGCGCUGCCUGUGAAAGAGCUCAUUGUUUAAAAUUGAAUUAUGUGUUCAUUAGUCGGCUCAGUGUAUUAGAGGCGGCCGGCUGUAAGUAAACAGUCACUUUGGCCUUUUGGCUCGACUCGCCAAAUUGAGUCACAUGGUUUCACGCAUCAAGCGGACUGUGGGUAACUAACUGAUGAUUAAAAAAGACAAUUAGUAUUGGUGAAAGCAUUCAAACGGUUCACCAAUGGACACUUCUGUUUGUUUAAAGUAAAUAAAGAGUCACUGUGAUCGGCUUUUUCCAACUUGACAUAUAACAGGGUAACAUUUCUGUCCAUAAUGAAACUGCUCCAAAAUGGAGACGAAGACGUGUUUUGAUUGGCAGCCAAAUGUACUUCUGUGCUUCUGUUAUUAUUCUUCAACUUGCCUCCUGUGCCUCCUCUGCAAAGUUCCCAUACAUUCUUCAAACCUGGGGAACUUCAAUGUUCCUCAGACAUCCAGUACAGUAUGUUUCUUUUCAACAUCAUUUCCUUUUAAUCCCUUUUUUUUCCUUUUACUUCUUCAAUAUUUGAGGAAAGAAAACAGAGCGGGAAAAAAAAGAACUUUGCUUUUAUUUUAAAGUACAAACUGGAACGAUUGCCUGUAAAAAAGGACUGCGUUUGAAGACAUGCUGGGGAUUGUUAUGCUAAGGACCUUAAGGUGUGUCAUUUUGGACACACAGAUGUUGUAAGAGAGAGUACAUGGGAGAGGUCGACUUGCCUACUUGCAGGGCAGGCUGCACAAAAGCCGUCUAACCGGUGACACUGCAAGCCUUCAGCCUCGGCUGUGAGAAAGAGGUGUGUUUUAAGAGUGUGUCUCUGUGUGGAUUUGUGUAAGUCACAAGUUUGUCAGGUUGGCGUUCGGAGCUGACAUCAUCACUUAAGGGACGCAUAAACGCUUUUCGACGAGGUAUUGGCAGAGAGGAACAAUGGUGCGGUCUAUGGCUUCCCGACAUUCAUUUGGAGUCUGACUCACAGAGUUAAUACCUGAUCAGUCGAAACAAGAGUGGUUAUGCCGCACUCUCGUUGUGUAGUGGAAACCCAGUUUUCUCAUGAACAAGAUCUCUUUGUCUACUGAGGUUGCAGUGCAAACUGAUGAACUUUCUCUCCGCUUCAUUACUUCCUUACCUCCCCCACCUUCUUUUCUCACCUCCCUUUUCUCUCUCAGUCACUGUCAGGCCUUUGUUUUUUUUUUUUUAUUGAAAACUGCUUUUUAUUGAACAGAAAAAAAGGGGAGAGUUACUGCGCUGUGUAGACCUGCUACCUGUUUGAUCUGACAGGUAGAAUUUGCCUGCGGGGCAGACAGAGGAAGAGAAAGGGCCAAAAGAAAAGAGGAUGUCUUUUUUCAGGUAAUUUGAGGAGGAAUCCCUCGGAGCACAACUCCUUACUAAUGAUGAGAGAGCAGUGAGGGGGGAGAGAGAGUAGAGGAGUGUAAUUCCCCUCUUGGUACGCCUCCUUCAUCAAACUGUCACUCAUCCAUCCAUGCCAUGGUCUCUCCUUCUCCUUCAGGGAUUUGGAUGCCUCUGGACACAACUCACCAGGCCUCUUAAUCCUUGUCCUAAAAGCCUGUUAUUGUUGGGAUCUUUUUCUUUUCUCCUUUAUUCCAGCCGUACCUGCUCUCCUGUUCGUAUCUACAUUUUAAAGGAACCCUUUAAAGGAUAUGAAGCUCUGGCUGUUGUUUUUUUGGUUGAUAAAAAAGGUGACGAAGCAGCUGUAGGAAGGAAGGAAAAAGACAAAAGAGAGAGCUGGGAAAAUGUUUCAGAUCAGUCACUUGUCCUCCACAGAUUGUAACUGGGUUGGGCACAUGAUCCAAACUAAAGUCAACAAACACCAGAGGAGCAGAUAGGCACCCACAGCAGUGAUUUCCAGCCCUGACGCGCCAAAGACUUAUCUGCUUCCCACAGCUCAGCUACCAGUGCUGUGCAUGUGGCCGGGGCUGAGACCACAAUGAUAAGAGUUUCUUUGUGUACAUGUUGGCGUGUGCGUUCAGUUUGCGUGUGUCUCCUGAAGAGUCGGGGGCACCUUGAGCCCGGGGCAUGUUCACAUUCUGGCACAGAGAGGUCUGAAGUUCAGUUUUUGUGUUAGUUUCAGUAUUUGGGAGAUACAGAUGUCAUUCUAUGCAACGUUUGAGCAUGUGAUUGAGGCCCCAGAUGAUGAGACAAGUAGAUGAUUCAUCAGCGCUUACCAUGACUUUGACUGUAGUGUCCUUUUAUAUCUGUUCAUCAACUAUUUUUACCAUUUUAUGUUGAUAUUAUAAGAAAAACAAUGACAGUUUUCAGGAGCUUGCGUUGGUGUGUCUAAAUUACUUGCUGCCGACAACCAGAGCUUUCAAUUUGAAUUAGGAUAUGAUGCUUUGUCUCAGAAAUGAAGAAGAAAUAAAGGAACAAAACACACGAACACUUACAGUAGAUGAACACCGGACUGCUCUCAGAAAGAGGAAGCCUUACAAAACAGUGGGGAAUGUAGCAACCAGACCAUAAACCCACAUACAGAGAGGUGACAAGUGGCUCUUUGUCACACAUUGAUGAUGACACUGUGGGGUCAGUAGUAACUUCAAUCUGUCACAGGUUCACGUUUUCUCUGUUUAUGCACUGAAACAAAGGCUUUUGUCAACCAACAAUGCACUUUGAUUAAUUCUUGUCACCUAUUGAAAAUGAUCUCUCUGUAAAGUUAAUCUUCAGGUUCACCGAAAUGAAUUCACCUUGACUCUCUUUUCAAACCAACGAGGAAAACAUUUUCUCAUGUAUGUUGGUCUAAAUUUUCUCUAGACUGACUCUUUUGGGGAAAAAAAGCUGGAUAACAUGAUAACUCCUCAAAAGUGAAGCCAAUACUUUAAAGCUUCACCUUCUGACCAGCUGUAAUGUAGGUGAUAAACUCCACCUCCCACCUUUUGGUCAAACUCAAUAACUUUAAAGACCCACUCCGAUAAAAAUCGUGUUUUUCUUGUUGUCUACAUGUUCAUAUGGCGUUUUUCUGAUGCUACAGGACAUAUUUCGGAGUAUUUCUUUAUUCAAAUUGCUGUGAGUCUCUGGCAGACACAAAAGUCAGCUUCAGAUUCAGUGAGAUUUCCUACAUAGCAAAUCCAAGCUCCGCCCCCGGAGCCCCGCUAUGCAGGCCACAUUCGGAAAAGUCGAGAGGACGAUCGCGGAACAAUGCCCGUAAGAAAGCUAAUUAUGAUAUCAGCUUUCAUCAUGUCCCUAAAGACAUUCGUGUCUGAGAGAUGAAUAACUCCUAUGUUACCUGCCACUUCUACUUCACCGGCAAUGUUAGGCUACAAGCUAGCAUGAAGAUGAGUGUGCAGAGCAACGCUGUCUCCGCCCACGACCUGGAAGCGAUUUGCUAGUAAUCUACUGGAGCUUUGCAGAAGGAAAGCCCUUGAAAAUGUUGUUAGGUAAUGCGAUUCUUGGUAAAAACUCCAUAAUCACAAUUUAAAGACCACCUAGAACACUUUAAGUAGUUAAAAAAAAAAAAAAAAAUGAUUGGAGUGGGACUCACAGUAAUGUCUAAUAAGUUUUUCUCAAUCACAGCUAAAUAUAUCAAAAAAAUACUCAAAAAUUAUUCACUGGCGUUUUCAUGACAGUUUCAUGAAAGUUGUCGACUGUAGUUAUCAAUCAGUUUGGACAUGUGUUUCGGUUAGAGUUGGGACAUAUACAAUUGGAGGAAGAAGAAAUUCACUGCCCAUCUUUAAGUCAAAGGUCAGGGGAAGUUUCAGGUCCAUCUUUGAAAAAUGAAUAAAAACGCACACAGAAAAUAAGGGACAGCACAUGAUUUUGAGUGAACACUGCGGAUUCAAAACAACCAUUGUACCUUUUUUUGUGGAAAACUUUCUAAGUGUACAGUUAACUAUCUAUAGCACAAAUCUCUAUAUAGCAUUGAAAUGGGCCAACAGACCUAUUGUAGGAGACCUUAUUUGAAACGACCACAGAGGCAGGAUAAUGAAAGAACAGCCCAGAGAGACAUGCAGGCAGAUGGAGCGCUCAAAGAGAAAAUGGGCCUUGUGCUGCGUACCACAGUCAUGCUGAUGAGUCUUUUGAACAUGUUUCUAAACACAGUCUCAGAUUUUACCGCAUAUCCCGAGUUAGUACUCCACCCUGCUCUGCACUCCUUCAUUCAGUCAACACGGAUGCUUUUCACUCAGACUGUCUGGCUUCCUCUUUUCUCCGUCCGUCUCUCUCAUUAGGUUUUUGGCUUUAACUUACACCUCAUUGCUUUAUACACUCGAUCCGUCUUCCUCUCUCUUUCUGUGCGCUUUUUCUUUCUGUCUGACUUUGACAACAGUCUCUCACCUUUUCUUGCACGCCUCCUCUGUGAUGUUAUUUUUGCUGCUUCUGCUCUUGACAUUGAAAAUGAGAAGAAAAAAAAAAAGGUUUUCAGAGAAAUGAGGGAGUUUGCAAACAAAAAAAAAACCCAACCCAGUAACACUAUGCUAUACUAAUGAUUAUUUAAGUGAAAGAUUCAUAGUUUCACUUCCCAAAAACGCCCAUGAAUUAACCUUUACUGAAAAGUUUAUGUGCAUUUUAUUUCCAUUGUAGGGCUGGCCUCUCUGUAUGGGCUGUAACGGCAUACAGCUCACAGCUUCACUUGCAGAGCUCCUCCACUCUGGUAGUACUCGAGGUAGACCUAGCAAUCAUCUUAGUUCAUCAGGGUAUCAGUUUCCUUAUGUGCUGGGGUUGAAAUGUAGUUUACAACCCCCUCAAACAAAAACUGAAAAGUAAGUGUGAUUAUAGGGAAGUAAAAAAGAAACAGUCAGCUGUUCUCACUUGUACCAACAUCAAUCUCACUUUGCUGCUCCCCUGUGAGAAGACUGAAGCACCAACAACUUUCUCCUGAACAAUAGCUGAGAAAAGAUAGUUGUUGGUGUUAGUGGUGUGCCUCCUAGAUCGACCUCCACCAUUCACCUUUGAAGUCUGGAGCGUGUUUUCCUGUUUGUUUCAUGUCUGGGUCUGAAGUGACAGUGAAGCUCAUUUCAGUCAGUUUCUGUAAUCACUAAAGAAACUUUUUGAUUUAAAUCUACUUAAGAGUUCAGUCAUUUUCCAAACUGUGGUGUGUAGUAUCAAGAUCAGACAAAUGUAAAAUUGAUUUUAACCAGAUUACUCAGCCCGAGACUGGAGCUCCAAAGCGUACAUUGUGUAAUCUGGUGCACUUUUUUUUCUCCUGAUUUAAAGUGACAGACACAGACUAAACUGCUGCAGAUGUUUUGAAAUGACGGGAAAAAAAAUGAAUUCUCAAAAAUGAACUACCAGACAUCUUGCAGCUACAUUUUUUCUCUUUUUUUUUCUUCUUUUGGUAAACCAAGGAGUCCUUAGAUCUUGACACACAGCACCGCACUACUAGCUAUGGGUCGACCGAUUAUUGGCCUGCUUUGGUGGGUCUGUUUCUGCCCACUGCCCACUGCUCACUUAACGUCCUGCCCACAAACUAUCUGAUUGGCCUGUGUGAUGUUCACUGUAACUGGUUAAGUGCCUUGUACAAUGUUGAAAGUUUCAGUUUAGAUUAAACGUGCUAAAGCCAUUUUAAACAAAGUCUUAUGUUAGAGUUUGUAGAAUUCUAAAUUUUUCUAUUUUGAUGCACAUCAGUUCCAAAUAUCAGUUAUCGACCCCAUUAGAGGGAUAUUCCGGCGUAAAAUUAAGUUAGAGUCAAACACACUGUAACACUGAGCUAGACACCCCCUCGAGAGAUGAAUGUUGCAGACCGCUUGCUUCUCUAGUUAUACCAUAUUUAGUAACCGCACGAUAGCAAUACACAGCGGUCUGAGGAGCCGUAAACAAACCUCAACUAAAACGCCACUCUAUAGCCACAAAUAAUGCUCAGAACAGCACCUAACUUCAUUAAAAGCACAUAUAGGGUCCCAGCCACCAAACAUCUUUUUAACUUUGCCUGAUUUCUUUAGCAAAGAGACUAAACACAACUCACCUACUCUCUUCCAGCAGCUGUUUGUUUGUAACGAGACCUCGGGCCAGUCCAUUAAGACUACAGCGGGGUGACGCAGCUCAUUUAUGAUUAUUUCUUUAUCAUUUUCUGGAAGUAAUAAUCAUCAUAUUAAUCAUUUUGCUGUGCAGACGCGGUAGUUCUUCUGCCUUGGCGUCUCGGUCUGAUUGCAUUUCCAUAAAGAAAUUAUCAUAAAUGUUCUUCCUUAAGCUGCGUCACCCCACUUCAGUCCGUAAUGGACUGGCCCGAAGUCUCGCUACAAACAAGCGGCUGCUGGAAGAGAGUAGGUGAGUUGUGUUUAGUCUCUUUGCUAAAGAAAUCAGGCAAAGUUAAAAAGAUGUUUGGUGGCUAGUGCUAUGGCUGAGACCCUAUACUGUUGAUGAAGUUAGGUGCUGUUCUGAGAGUUGUUUGUGGCUAUAGAGUGGCUUUUUGGUUGAGGUUUGUUUAUGGCUCCUCAGACCGCUGUGUAUUGCUCUCUGCGGUCAUUACAAAAGUUGGUAAAACUAGAGAAGCAAGCAGCCAGCAAUAUUCAUCUCUCGAGGGGGUACCUACCUCGGUGUUAUGGUGUGUUUCACCCUAGAUUAAUUUAACACCAGGAUAUCCCUUUAAGAACUUAUCAUUAUUAUGGGCCCUAAAAAUCCAACGCAUUUUGACCUGAAGUACCGGUACUGCUGUAUAUUGAAGCAACAGCAGUGUCAGUAACAUGCUCAGAACUUGAUGGGUGACGUCCAUGCGUGCACACACAGGACUCCAGCGUAGUGAAUAGGCCACCUUUGCUCCAGCCAAGCUGGGGAAUGAUCCAGGUAUUGAAAUAUGAGCCAGCUUGUGCUCCCCUUCUUUCUCUCUCCCAGUGUUUUUUGUAAUGGCCGCAGGGGGAGAGCAUGAUGGAGUUAUUAAGCAACGCUGAGACUAGAAUAGUUGCGAAGGGAGAGGGGUGGUGGCGGGGUUGUGGUUCAGGAGAGGUAGGAGGAGGAAAGAAUUAGCACAAAAGUAAAGCGGAAUUAGGGAUUGGGAAUAAUCGAGUACAGGGGUUUAGGACCCAGGAAUUUGGAAUAAAGGAGAUGAGAGACUUUUCAUGAGUGAGUUAGAAUCAAAUUAAGCCCCAUGGCCAGCCAGGACAGGCAGAGGUCAGCAUGAGGUAGAGAAAGAGGAGGGAGAGAGAGAAAGACGAAGAGAGGGGGUGCAGAGGGAGAGACAGAGAGAAGGGGGGGGGGGGUGUUUGAGAUGGGGGGCGCUAAUGUGAACCAGCUGUAGAAACCUGACACCUCGAGAGUGGGUUAGAAAUGAGAGGUGCAGGAGUGAGAAAGAGAGGGAAAGACGGGCUUCAGGAAAUAGCAUCGAGUAAGAGAAGGAUGGAGAAAAAAGGAGGAAAAAAUCCUCCUGGAGCAAAACAAAGGAUCCCAUAGAUGGAAUUGGCUGCAGAGACGUUCUUCUUUCUCGACUGCAUUGCUCUUAAAAGUGGAAUCAAAAGUGUGUUAAAGGUGACCGCGUGGGUUCAUAAUUGUUUAUAGUGUAUGAAAAUCCACUGAGACGAGGUUUUCACUCUUCCCUGUGUUGCAUUCAGAAACAGACCGUCUAAAGCACCACUCCCUGACAGUAAUGUGAAUCAUGCUCGGCCUUGUCUGUUUGCUCCGGGCUCUGAUGAUACAGCCAGAGGCUAAUAAUGAACUCUCUAUCAGGCUGUGAAACCUGAAGGACAGGGUGGUAUCAUUUCCUGACACCAUGGCAUGUAGUUCUGUCAGUACUGGUUAGAUAGCAGCGAUUUAAUUUUCGUGUGGUUAUUUUGCAUCCUUCCUGUCGGCGCUUGGAAACAAUCUCACAAAUCUCAGAUUAAAAGUUAAAAAAUCAAAAGGACCAAGACAACUGUGUAGGCGCUGAAUUACAUUAACAAAGAUAUUAACAAGGCUAACUAACUCGAGGGGCUUCUUUAAGGUUAAAAAGAUUUGCAGUCGGGCUAAAUUUUAUGACAAAGUUCCAGUUUCAAAUUACGUCUCUCUCAGUGAAGUGGCUGUACCUGACUUUGAGAAUGUGUCUCAUAUUUCCCAUCGUUUUAACAGUGAGAAUGUGUGAAAUGUUCCCAGUGCAAUGUAAACCUGGCAUUAACCUGGACACGCUGUUCUUUGUGUGACGGCUUGCUAAUGUGAUGUAUGUCACAGGGCAGAGGGCCGUGUCAUUACUCCAUGAGUGGGGGGCGGAGAGGUCAUCCAGCAGAAAAAGAGAAGGAGAAGAAAAAAAAAAAAAAGAGCAGUCCUCAUUCCCAGGAUGGCCGCCUUGUUGUGAUAUCAUGACCAAGCUGUGUUUGUGUUUGAAGUGAGGAGGGCCGUCUCAGUGUUUGUGUAUUUAUGUGUGUGUGUUUGUGUAUAGGCAUGUGUGGAGGGGGUUGCACUGCAGACGUGCUGAUACAGGGACAGAGACAGGGAAGAGGGAGGGUGGCCAUGUCUAAUCAGAGAGAGUUAGGGUCAGGAGGCAUGAAGUCUGAGCUUUCUUUGAAGACCAUACAUCACUUAUCUCCCACAUGGUUUGACUGUUUAUCACUCUCACCGUGAAUAGGAGCACACAAAGGGUUUUUACUCAAUAAUAAACUGAAGUGAUGAUAAUAUUUCAACAUAAGGUGUAAAACAGUGUGAAGUGCAAAACAGCCAAACUCAACGGUGUGUUAACUCUCCCAAUGCUACUUUGAUACUUUGAUUAAAAAACUGUUUUUUUAUUCUCAAUUAGGCGGACCAUUUAGACGGAUAAAAAUCAGUAUUUGGUACAACAACUUUCUCUUAUUUUAAAACAUAGACUAGAUAGCAGCUGUCAUGUUUCUGUUAGACUAGUGGAGGGGAAAGGGUGGAUUAUUGAUACACAAGUUAGUAGGGGUGGAGAAAAAAUCACUUCACAUAAAUAUCCCUUUUUUUAAUUUUUUUUUUUACAAAUUUUAAAUCUUUUUUUUUUGUAAAAAUAAAAAAAUGUUUUUUUGUAAAAAAAAAAAAAAAAAAAAAAAAAACGUUAAUUUUUUUUUUCAAAUCUAAGAAUAGAUCUAAAAAAAAACCCUGAUAUAUAUGUGAUGUGUAUUUUUGGGGGAGAUAUGGUUUCUGGAAUAGUCAGUAGACAAUCAUAAUCAUUCAACUGUUUCACUGGUGUUAAAAAUGCAGACAAAAAAUCGAGAAAACCAACAAUAUCAUAAAUCGCAUUUUAAAUCGACUCGGCAUUCAAAAAAUCGUAUGUGUCACAUGUGCAGCUUUUAAUGCCAAAGAACCUUAUCAAUUGAAAAGCAUAUAUUUUCAUGUUUAAAUACAAGUAAUGAAAAUUAUUAUUGAUUUAAACUUUAGGUGACAAUAAUUUGCCUUGUUAUGUUGAGUUAAAAAGUAGGUUGUUGCAUAGUUAAUAAACAAUAAAACACAAUGUAGUAAGGAAACUACCUCCACUGGGUUUACACGGCCUAGUCCGAACAACCUAAAGCCUGGUAUCGGUCCGAGUCCUGAUAGUUGGGGACUCCUGUUAUAGAGCAUUAUCAGCAGUGGAUUUUGAGCUCUGUAGAGUAUCAAAUAAGGACGGAAAGAAAGAAACAUGUCUUACUGAUCUAAUUAAACUCACUUUCGGUGCAUGCAGAAGCAGAUAAGUCAUUUACGACUUUUGAAACCCAAACUGACGUUAGUGACGGUAACAGAAACAUUAAAGUUUGAUUAAUAUUUUUCUUAACUUUUUCCCCAACAAAGAGUAAAACUGAAACAAACUGUUCGCUUGUUGCUUAUUUACAUUGUGAUUCCAAUUGAUACCGUAAUUAUUCGGUUGUGCGUGUGUGUCGUAUUUGAUAAACUGUAAAUGUUUUUAACAGAUGAAUCAGUCAGAGAGAGACUGUUGCUUAAUCUUGUUUGUCCUAUUUAAGGAGACAUCGGGUGAGUCACACACGAUGCAGGCAGACGUAUCACAGAUGUGAUUGAUCUGAGAAACUUCUGCCUGGCAUGAAUCACAGCUCUCCUUCGUUCCCAUGCGCUCACAACCUAAUAUCUUCAAGCUGCUUUGGGGUGGGGUGGGCUGUAACAAAUACAAGGCAGUGAGCAUGAGACUCAAUUUCAGAUAAUUCUCAUUUCCAGUGUUUUCAAUGGCGGAUGACACCCAUUGCUGCUCUUCAGUCGUCUGUUUUCACAUGCUCCAGGGCUGCUUAUGAGGGAAAUAAGCAGAGUUUCUUCAUCAGAAAGGGUCUGAAAGGAGAUAUUAGUUUAUCUGCGUACGUGUAUGUGUGUGUCUCAGUGACUGCGCGCUUUAUCUUUGCUCUCCUAUUAUGUUACCUGAACCCCUCCAGGGAGGCAGGUUCAGAGAGCUGUGCAAGAGGCGGCGGGUUGUUCUGUCACCCAUGGUCCCCAGACAGGGUGUCUGCCAUGUGCCACACACCAACGCACAAGCCUACACACACACACACACACACAAUGAGCAACAGGCAGCUGAUCGAAAAAAGCGAACGCAGGAAAUUACCUGACUUCAAACGUUUCUACUCGUCAGAAAAAAUUUAGAAAAUAUAACACAUCUGACCAAAUACUGUCAGACGGAGAAGUGGUCUGGAAAGAGGGAGGGGCUGAGAAAACAGAGGAAUAGAAAGUGGGGAGAGGAUCGAGGUCUCUGCUCAGAUCCCUUGUGGACGUAUUGUGUAAUACUGUAAUUUCCUCCUCACUGCUCCGCAUGCUGCUGAAUCACUUCACUGAAAAUAGUAAAAAAGCAAGAAAUCGAAAGGAAGACAUGUUGAAUGGGUUCUAUGUUUUCUGUGAAUAUAUUGAUCAAAAUCAUGACAGUAUUCAUCUGUCGGCACAAACUUUGUAAUCUGUUAUUUUCCCCCCGAAAGUUUUCUUGUACUUUCCACUCAUUGUUUUUCAGUCUCUGCCAGCUUUCAGUCAACAACUUCCAGAUGACUCCACCUUACAUCCUUCUACAUUUGUUACUUCUUCUUUACCAUCUCUGACCUUCGUUUCAACCUCUCACCAAGCUCGGCUUCCUCUUUCUCUGACAGGGUUUAUGGGUUAACAGCUCAGGCCAACCAGUAGAUCAUAUGUGCAGUUGUGGAGUUUGUAGUUUUGUCCUCUCACAAUAUCCAAUCUUUGAUCAGUCAGCUCAGUGAUAUAUUCUGUUAUGUGUUUUUGUGUUUCUGUAGUGUCAUGCGUUAAAUCUUGCUCGAUCUCUCUUGGGACAGUGCGCUCUGUUAAUGCACCCUUUUACCUCUUUACUCUAAACUGAAGUGUAAUGGCUGAAGUGAUUGAAUAACUACUUUCUCUUUAAGCACGACCACAGAUUUAACUAAUACUCCUACUUAGGGAUGUGGGUCCCCACAGAGGCAGGACUGAGUAUUAGACAGUGGAGUGUACCUGCUCUUGUUCAUUGGUUCAUGAGUCCUUUUGAUGUGUGUGUGUGUGUGUGUGUGUGUGUGUGUGUGUGUGUGUGUGUGUGUGUGUGUGUGUGUGUGUGUGUGUGUGUGUGUGUGUGUGUGUGUGUGUGUACUACAUGACUUUUCAUCAGCGUUGCCUUUCACUGUAAAUACUGUUGUCUGAUGUGGUGCAUUACGUGCACCUGACUGAAACUCACUCUUUUGUUUUGUUUCUUUGUCUCUUUAAAAAAAGCCCACGAACACUUCUAAAUCUGACUUUUGUUUAACCUUACUUUCAUCUUUAUUGUCUGAACUGUGCGUGUGAAUGUGAGUGUUUAACCCAGUUCUGGUUUUAUGUGUGUGUGUGUCCAGGUGUGCUCCAGGCUUUCUGGGCGAGUACUGCCAGCAUAAAGACCCUUGCCAACCCGGAUACUGCCUGAACGGAGGGAACUGUUCGGUGUCUAUGUCAGCUGGCGUACCUGUGCCGGGCAGCGCCACCUGCGCCUGUCCCCUCGGCUUCACUGGUCAGCACUGCCAGACUCCCCAGAACUCCACCUGUUACCCCAACAACCCCUGCGCCAACAAGGGUGUCUGCACUCUGCUGUCGCUUGACAAGUUCAAGUGCGAGUGCGCUCGAGGAUGGACAGGUGAGCCGCUGUCCGAAAAAAGGGCUGUGAAAUGUGGCUCAAAUUUAUCACAUGAACAAAGACUUUAUUUUCUAAACUUAAACUUGAACUUUUUCCUGUUUGUUUGUACAACUUAAGGACUUUAUAAACCUUUUUUUAAACACUGCCUAAAUUGUCUGAUAGCCUCACUCUUUUUAAACAGCUUUCUUGAUUGAAUUCCUACACAUAUCUAUGAAAUAAAGACACAUUUGACUUGUGUUUUCACGGCUGUUCCGAUACACAUUUGACCCUGUGGGGUUAUAAAUCAAUGGAUAGACAUACUGAUAAUUGACACAUCCAGUAAGAGGAAAUAAUCCUCAGCUCUUCUCCCUUCUUUUCACUUUUAGGUCUCCGAUGCGAACAGGAGGACAGCUGUCUGUCCAGCCCCUGUGCAAACGGUGGAAUAUGCAGCUCUCUGCCUGAUGGAAAAUACACAUGUUCGUGUCCCAGCGGCUACUUCGGCCCUCGCUGUCUGAAUGACACCAACGAAUGUGCUAUUACGCCUCCCAUAUGCCAGAAUGAAGGAGGAUGCCUCAACAUCCCUGGCUCCUACAAGUGAGUGUCCAGUUCUUAAAAAAAUGUCUAAAUAUGUUUUCACCCCGGACAUUUGAGGAGGACAGUUGUAAAACCAAAAAGAGUUUUCAUUUAUUAGUCAUGGUUUAUUUUAAGAUGUUCUUAUACAGACUGAAUGAAUGACACUUAAUGAACCUUUUAUUGUCGCUGUAGGUGUGUCUGCGCUCCGGGGUUUACGGGCAAAAACUGUGAAAGCUCGUACAUCCCUUGCUCACCUUCCCCCUGCCUUAAUGGAGGCACCUGCCACCAGAGCUCUGAAAUCAGCUACUCUUGCCACUGCCUUCCAGGUAGGAGGAUCGAAACGCCAGACUUAAGCCUAAUAUGAGCUUGAUGAAAUCUAAUCUUGAUAAGACCACAGUAGUUUGUUACACUCUGAUCCUGAUCUUCAUGUAUAAAUGAUUGUACCUGUGAGUUAUUGUAACAAUAUUUUGUUUGAGGUAGAAACAGUCUGAUCCUGUUGGCGGUGUUGUGUUAGACAGACUCUGCUGUCAUUUUGCUACACUUAACUAGUGGACACAACAAACACACACACACAGGUUGUGUUUAUACAUUACCAGGACACGUCAGAAGACUUGAAUACACCAAAUCGUAUCUCACUGAAGGUGCUGUAUUUGAAUUCAUGCUCAGAAUCAUUGUAUCGCUGAUAUCAUCCUGUUUGUUUGUUAUUUUUGCGGCAGGUUUUAACGGGACGAACUGUGAGAACAACAUCGACGACUGUCCCGGUCAUCAGUGUGCAAACGGAGGGACCUGCAUGGACGGAGUUAACACCUACAACUGCCAGUGCCCCCCAGAGUGGACCGGUAAGGGAUUUGUGUGUUUGAUCAUGUUCCUGUGAGCUCAGUUGUUUGUCUCCUUCGUGUUUCCUCACUUGAUGUUUUGUUUUGCGUCAUUCUUUGCUCUCUAUCCUCCGGAGGCAUUUACUUCACACAAGGCGUGUCUCUGCUAGCCAUUCGUGUUGCAUAUGUAAGCUCUUCUUUUUACAAAGCAAACAUGCAUACAGCAGCUUCCUCAGGCCUGUCUUAGUUUAUGUGGCUCUAAACCAACCGAGAGAAACACACUCAGCGGAUGAAAGGAUCUCAAUGUACAUUUUCUAUGUAUGCAAAAAGUUAAAUCAUCCGAUUAGAUGAAAAGAAUCUAAAACACUUUUCUCCUUGUAUCAUUCACAGGUCAGCACUGCACAGAAGAUGUGAAUGAGUGCCGUCUGCAGCCGAACACUUGUCAGAACGGAGGGACUUGCAGCAACCUGAUUGGCAGCUAUGUCUGCGUGUGCGUUAAUGGCUGGAGCGGAGCUGACUGCUCUGAAAACAUCGACGACUGUGCGACAGCAGCGUGCAGCCCCGGCUCCACGUGCAUUGACAGAGUCGCAUCUUUUGUCUGUCUCUGCCCUCACGGGAAGACCGGUAAGAUAUCAGCGAGACACGGAAUAUUUCUUCAUGAAUUCAGACUUCUUUGAAAUUUUAGCAUGAUGAUUAACAACAUUUUAAUUCGGUGCUAUUGAAAGAGUUUACUUUGACUGGAAGUAGUUGUAUGUAAUCCUCACCCAGCACCACAAACGUACUAUACCAGACAAUCCAGCACACUUGCUUUUUUACCAUUCAAAUCUUUUAUUGAAAUAUCUUAACAUGUGCUUUUUGGAUUUCUCCUCAUCGCCACUGUUCAGGGUUGCUCUGCCACAGAGACGACGCCUGUAUCAGUAACCCCUGCAGGGAAGGCUCCCAGUGCGACACCAACCCCAUCAGCGGCAUGUACAACUGCAACUGCCCACCUGGAUACAUCGGCAGCACCUGCCAGACAGACAGAGAUGAAUGCAGCAUUGGUGAGCGAAACAAAGUUAAAAUACACACAGGAUGUGUUUGGCUUCUGAUGUUCUGCUUUCAAGCUUUCCUGUUUCCUCUUUAUCAUUAGGCACCAACCCCUGUGAGCACGGUGGUCAGUGUGUGAACACUGACGGCUCCUUCACCUGUAACUGUGUAAGGGGUUACGCUGGGCCGCGAUGUGAGCAAGAUGUCAACGAGUGUGCUUCGAGCCCCUGUCAGAACGACGGCACCUGUCUGGAUCGCAUUGGGGACUACACCUGCAUCUGCAUGCAUGGUAUACUUUAAAGCACCCAUGCAGAGUAUUAUAUUACAUUUCAAAAUCUGAGACUGUUUUUGCAAGAGCCUGUCCUGAACCACCAGGAAGAGGCUUACUGGAAUACCGAUUGUGAUCAGUGGCUCAAAAGCAUUACAAAAAGUGUCCAGCAACACAACAAAAUCAUUUUAUCAAUCUUGAUUUGUCUAGGACUUAUCAUACAACAUAGUAGCACAAAGUGAUUUCAACACAGAAGAAUGCAAACGAAAAAAAGAAUACCCCUGACAGCAUUUACUCCUCAUCUAAACCCCACAAUCAAAACACAACAGUGGGAAGUUAAAAAGUGUAUUGAGUGGUACGACAAGAGAGCGGUACGAGCUCAAAUCCGGUUAUCAAAUCUAUUUUGUGAAAGCAGGAAUAUGCGCACUGAGGAAACGCCAUCUUAAAAUUCAAAAUGAGGAAACACUGGGGGUACGGUUAAAAUCAAAAGCAGUAACGUAAAAUGAAAUUUAAGAAAAAACAAAUUGAAGUGAAAUGAAAAAAGAACAAAAGACAUUAAGAUAAGAUCACCAAAAUAGCUCAAUAAAACUAUAUACAAUAUGUCGAAUACACAUUAGAAAAAAACCUGUCAGCAUAAAUAUGUAUUUGUAUUCUUGAAUACAAAGAUACAAAGUGUCAUUAUUCCAUGUCUAUGAAGCGCCAUGUAUGAAAAUAUUCUAACAUUCAAAGUCAAAAGUGUGUUUUUUUUCAAUACUUACAUUGACACAUAAAUUUGGCAGCUUUCUGGCUCUAAAAUCCCUAAGCAGUUUUUUUUAGGUGUUUAUAUUUUUGUCCCACAUGAUGUAGGAAACAGAAGCAUGACUUCUUUGUUGGAGUAGACAACUAAUUCCUGGCCUACUUAGAUAGCUAACCGUGACAGACUGAAACUACUUCACUUCUGCAGAGACAAAGUCUAAGACAGAAAUACUAAAACUUGUCUGUUUCCACACGUUCAGGUUUCGAGGGGACUCACUGUGAGAUCGAAAUGAAUGAGUGUCUAAGCUCACCCUGUCUGAACCAGGGGAAAUGUCUGGACCAGGUCAGCCGCUUCGUCUGCGAGUGCCCAGCAGGUUGGUACACAGGCUGCCCUAGUUAUGUUAUUUAUUUCUGUUGAUUUCCACCUACAAACAAAGAUGCCCAUAGAGUUUCAUCAGUGAUCAAGGUGUUUGUGUUUAUGUCCAUCUUGUUCUGUCUCCUGUUUUCAGGCUUCAGUGGUGAAAUGUGCCAAAUAGACAUCGACGAGUGUUCCAGCACUCCCUGCCUGAAUGGGGCCAAGUGUAGCGACAUGCCCAAUGGAUAUGAAUGUGAAUGUACUGAAGGUAAAAAGGAAUGACCUCCUUUUCAGUUCAAUCAAAAGCAACAUUUUCCCACUUGUAGGGUGACCAUAUUCUGAAUCCCCAAAAAGAAGACACUACUAUGCAAGACGGAGCCGCGUGUAGUAAAUUUUGAGGGUUUUUCAGGUCGGGUUCAGUGUUUUUACACUUUUAACUCAGUUAGUCUACGCUACACAAACUUAAAAACUUCCAUACAAAACCCUGGACAUUUGAAGGAUUUUAUAAAAGAGGACAUGUCUGGGUAAAAGAGAAUGUAUGGUCACCCCACUCAUUUGUAUUUUUUUCCGUAUUCCCUGUAAUGAGCUGAUAAAGUAGGAACAAUUGUACUUUUCAUAAAACAAAGUGCCACACUAGUUUGCCCCGGAAAAUUGCACAAAAUUGUCAUUCUAUCCAUUCUGCGGUCGCCUUUGUUAUUUUUCUAAGAUAAGAUAUUUCCCCUCCAGGCUUCACCGGUACACUCUGUGAGGAGAACAUCAACGACUGCGUACCAGAACCAUGCCACCACGGUGUGUGUAAAGACGGCAUCGCCACCUUCUCCUGCGAGUGCUAUCUCGGAUACACAGGCACGAUCUGUAACAUCCAGGUCCAGGAGUGUCACAGCAACCCCUGCCAGAACCGAGGGCGCUGCAUCGAUCUGGUCAACGCCUAUCAGUGCAAUUGCCCCCCAGGAACCACAGGUAUGUGGUCUGCGAGUGACAAAAUGCAUCAUAUGGCGAGAUGAAUUGUAGUCUUAAAAUUCAUGGAUGUUAAUGAUGGAAGCAGUUGUGAUAAGGUUAUGACAACAGCAUUCUGGAUUGUUUACAAAGUACAGCAUUAGAAUAAAGAACUUUCACACCUUCACCUUCUUCUUCUUCUUCUUCUUCUUCUUCCUUAGCCCUGUAUAAGGCCCCUUCCUCUAACGGAAGAGUCUGCUGCUGCUUCUUUUGCGUUGACUUGUGGUUUCUAUGGUUACCAUGCUGAUUAAACUAAAAACACGAAACGUAGCUUAAAGUUCAAGUUCCUUUUUAGCCGAGUAUUUAUAAGGUCUGCAUAAUCUUGAAUUCAAGACUAAGGAAUCCUGUUUGCCAGCUCAUCAGAUCUUCUCAUGAGUUUCAAGUUUCUCUGACCUUUCAAAGUUUUAUAGUGGAGCUAACAGCUACUGUUAAAUGUAAAGACCUCCACCCCCACAUGUUGAGCUUCCUGUAAACUUUCAAUACAUUCAAAGUCGUGUAAAGUGUAGAGCACUCUGAAGUGAGUGUGUAAGUCACAGGUCUGGGUCGAGCAGUGUAACACUGUGUUGCUCUGUGGAUUAGUAGAUUCUCUUCAGUAUAUUGUAUCACCCUGAGACCUGGUACUGAAGUCUUUACUGUCCUCACUUAAAAAAAACUGUGUUAGGUCACCCUGUCAGGUCUCACUUUCUGGUUUCAUGCCUACACUUCCCCUCCUCCUGUGGCCUUGUUCCCCCUCGGUCUCUCUGUUUCUGUUUCUCGUUCGUUUCCUCUCUCUUCAGUCUCUCAGACUAACAGCUGUGCCCCUCGUGUUAUUCACCGAGUUUAUCUUACCAUAUAUCACAAUCUAGUCAUAGCAGGCAACUGCUGUAAAGUCUGUCAGCACUUUUGUCGACAUUUCUUCAUUUUUUCCUCUUGCCGCGCUCCGUGGACUCUUACUCCCCCUGGUGGUAGAUAAGUUAACCAUCACAUUUAAUCAGAGCAACUCGAUCUCUUUCACCUCCAGCUCACCUCCUUGCUGACACCAGUCAGAGAGAGAUGUGAUGGGGUGUUUGUAGUUUGCUUCUUUGAAACCUUAGCAAACAUUCCCAAUUAUAGGAAAUGAUAAAGUACGAUUACAUGAAUGUGAAUUCAUGACUUUGUGUUUGUUAUUACCCUGCUUAGGAACGAACUGUGAAAUCAAUGAAGACGACUGCGCCAGCAACCCGUGUGAAUACGGAGAGUGCCACGAUGGCAUCAACGAGUACAAGUGUGUGUGCUCUCCGGGAUACACAGGUACAGUCUGGUAUUAGUUUAAUGUUCUUCAAGCCGAAAAAAAUGGGAGAAAGUAUAGCCUGAAUUGGAGAUGCUUUAGAAAUCAACAUAGAGAACCCAACCUUGAGUGCUUUUGAUUAAUCUGACCCUCAAAUCCUGCUCUAACAGGUGUUAAAUGUGAGGUGGAGAUCAAUGAAUGUCACUCAAACCCGUGCUUAAGUGGAGGAACCUGCAUAGACAAGAUCAACGGGUUUCAGUGCUCUUGCCCACCCAGCACCCACGGCCCACUGUGCCUCUCUGGGACUGACCACUGUGCUCCCCAGCCUUGCCUACACGGAGAAUGCAUUGAACAACAACACGGGUAUUGUAUCUUACAUUUCCAUAAUCUGUCUAUAUGUAAUGCCUCUUUAAGUCUGAGUGAAAGUGUACCGCUCUAAUGCUGUUGGAAAGGAAUUUAAGACCCACAAGAUAGAGCAAAACAAAUCAUUAAUCUUCCCUGCUACAUUUAACCUGCAGUUUCAGAAGCUACAUGUGUAAAAAAAAAAGACAUUCUUGGGGAAGCCUUUUCAUGUGGCUAGUUCCCACAUUUUAACAUGUCUUGUUUUGUCUACAGGUAUCAUUGUAAGUGCGAAGCAGGCUGGGUGGGACAUCGCUGCGAGGAGGAAAAGGACGAGUGCCAACCUAAUCCGUGUCAAAACAACGGCGUCUGUUUGGACCGACAUAAUGGCUACACCUGUCAGUGCCAACUUGGUUUCAGAGGUUAUAACUUUGAGUGAUCAUUCAAAGUGUCAGUGUUGAAUAAUUUAACCAAGAAGAGACGAUUUAAAAGUACUUUACUUUAAAAAAAUCAUCAUUUGAUUUUCUCUCCUUCUUUUUCCUGAAGGUGUGAACUGUGAGAAGAACAUCGAUGAGUGUGUGUCCGGGCCUUGUCUGAAUCAAGGCAUUUGCAUCGAUGGAGUCAACAGUUACACCUGUCAGUGUAGUCCACCAUUCACAGGUUUGUGUUGUCGUAUCCUAUUAACCAACACUCAAGCAUUAAAAAGCAGCUUUAUCAGCAUCUGUCUUAUUAUCAUUUGAGGGAUAUCUCUAUCCACUGCUUUUUAAACAUACAGGUAAACACUGCGAGGUGGAGCAAGUACCCUGCGCCUCUCAUCCAUGUGAAAGAGGGGGAGUGUGUCGCCCAUCUACAGACUACACCUCUUACAUUUGCCAAUGUCCAGCCAGCUGGCAAGGUAUGUGUGUGUGUGUGGGUUUGUCUCAAUGAGAGAUGUGUAACUGUUGUCAUUUCUAUUUCAACAUAUUACAGCUGUGUAUUUUGUAUGUUUACCAUUGUGUAGGACCACGCUGCAGUGAGGACGUAAAUGAAUGCAAGAAGAACCCUUGCAAAAAUGGUGGCCGUUGCAUCAACAGCCCGGGUAGCUACAUGUGCAAAUGUCCGCAUGGGUACAGCGGGCACAACUGUCAGACUGACAUCGACGACUGCUCACCCAGUGAGUAGCACUUGGAUUUAUUCAGACACCUGCACUAACCAAAUCAUUUUUUUUUAUUUAGACUUUAUUUUGCAGUUUUCCAUUAACAGACGUACAACUUCCAAACAUGGACCCCCUCACCCAAGGCUCUUGAACAAAAAAUAAAUUAAACAGAAAAACAAAAAUACAAAAAUAGUCAGACAGUGACCUCUUCUCAUAAGUUCAGAAAAUUAACUUAUGAGAUUUGCAUUAAUUUAAUGUAAAUCAAUGCAUUUUUGGCAGCCAUGCAAAAUCAGGCAUUUCGGUGACAAAUCACCUGAGACUUGCGAUAAUCCCUGAAUGGAUUAAGAUCCAAAAUUAGCCUCAGAUACCGUGUGAAAUGUCGUAACACAGUAUGUCUGAUUUGAAGAAACUGGAGACAGAGAUCAGGGGAAGGUAUUUCGCCUCUCAGUCAUUUCAGACAGGUUGCUUCUGUAAUUUUCACCACUAAUUGAGAUCAGUUGUUUGUUCAAUGUUUGCCUCUAAAUCUCCCCCCCCUGCAGACCCCUGCCUGAAUGGAGGCUCCUGUGUGGACGGCGUUUGGAGCUUCUCCUGCGACUGUCGCCCGGGUUUUGAAGGCGUGCGCUGCGAGACCGAGGUGGACGAGUGUGCCAGCCAGCCCUGCAAGAACGGUGCCAACUGCAAGGACCAUGUCGACAGCUUUGUGUGCAGUUGUCGACCGGGCUUUGAAGGAAUCCUGUGUGAACACAACAUCCUUGAAUGCACUGAAAGGUGAGCCGUAAAACUUGCAUUUUACUACCAGACUGGACUGCGCUGUUCUCUUGUUGUAAAUUCUUCCUGGAUGAACUCAUUCCCAGCAGUAACCAGAGAGAGUGGGUGACUGGUAUGUGUAAAACAAAUGUCUUCAUUUUAGUCAGCUUGAUGGCUUGCAACGGAAAAAAACAAAACAUGUCCGUGUGAUUGAAGAGAUGAUCUUACUUUGAAGAUUUCACAGGUUUCACUUUAUCGCCGGUCCUCUUCUCUACUAAUCAGUUCUUUUCCUCCUCUCGAUCUCUUCCUUCAGCUCUUGCCUAAAUAACGGGACUUGCAUCGACGACAUCAACACCUUCUCUUGCCGGUGCCGUCCUGGAUUUUAUGGGACUUUCUGUGAGUAUGAGCAGAACGAGUGCGACUCUCAGCCCUGUAAGAAUGGAGGCACCUGCGCUGAUGGCCUGGACACCUACCGCUGCACUUGCCCUGUCGGAUACAGUGGACGAAACUGCCAGGUAAAGUGUCAGUGCGCAGUGUAUCUAACAUGUGUAGUAAUUUUUUGAAAUUACAGAAUAAAGACAUUUGAUAAUUUUCUAAUGUUCAGAGGAAAAAAAUAUACAAGAAUGUUUGAUACUGAAGAUUUUAAAACUCAGAUUUCUAGGGUUAGGUAUUUUAAUAAAAACACAAUUCAAGCUAAACUUUCCAGUCAACUUAAACUCUCUCUCUCUCUCUCUCACUCUCUUUUUUUUUCCCGUACCCAGAACUAUGUGAACCUUUGCAGUCAGGUGCGCUGUCUCAACGGUGGCUCCUGCUCUCAGACUGCCAACUCCUGGACCUGCCACUGUUCAUGGGGAUGGACGGGACUGUACUGUGACGUCCCAAACCAGUCAUGCCAGGAUUUUGCAGCCACGAAAGGUGAGACGCUACUUCCUGUUCCUGUGUUUGCCUAAUUAAAGGAUGAGUAACAGUCGGAAAUCAUAGUCAAUAUUUACACCACUGUUUUGCCUCUCCCUUAGUAUGAGUCAAAAUCAGUGCUAGCACUAAAGGAAGUAACCCACUGAGCAACGUUUAGUUUUUUUUGUAGACCUAAUUUCCACCAUCUAGAUUCUGUAUAUUUUUAGACGGAAUUUAGAAAAUGAUGUUUUUUACAGGGUCAAAAUAAAUGUACAGCGCUCUUGUACACUUUAAUGCACAGAUAGCUUACAAGUCUUUUUUGAUGUGAAUUCAAGCCUGUCAAAGACGUUUUUAAUCCUGUCUACCAGCUCAUCAUUAAGCUGUCAUUAUUACUGUUCAUAUUUUUUCCACCUGUAGGUAUUGAAGUGGAGAACGUGUGUGAGAACGCCGGGCGGUGCAUAAAUGAAGGCAAUUUCCACAAGUGUGCAUGCCAGCCGGGAUACACAGGCCUCUACUGUCAAGACAAGGUGGAUGAGUGCAAGUCAAACCCUUGUCGUAACGGAGCAACCUGCAAGGACUAUCAGGGCACAUAUGAGUGUCUUGUAAGUACAUUUUCACACCUUUAAUUUUUUGUCUUUGUGCCACAGAUUACAGGUAGAAAAAGUUUCAUUGUAAUCCCAUACACUGUGUGUAAAAAUGGACGCUUUGUAAAGCCAAAAACAUCACCUCUACAAGCCAGGUUGCUUCAGCAUAUGAAGGCAUGCUGUCCAUUCUUUGUACAGUCAGGGGGUAAUACCGAACAAACAGCAGCACAUCCAAAACCCACAGUCGGCUCACCUCAGUCUCUUGCUUCAUUGUUUCAGUGUAAGCCAGGCUUCCAGGGUGUGAACUGCGAGUAUGAUGUCGAUGAAUGCCACUCUAAGCCCUGCCUACAUGGAGGAACUUGCAUCAACCUCAUCAACCGCUUUGCCUGUGCCUGCCCUCCUGGAACACACGGUGAGUCUGCACGGAUUAUAAGCUCCUACACAGGAGGGUCACAAGAGAUAGGCUGCUAUGAAACCUUUUCAUGUAAAGCUGCUUUACAAUUAAAAACAAAGAUAAAGAAAUGCUCCAAUGAGACGUGUGUUUGGUUUGGGCGGUUAACAAAAUGACUUGUGUGGUGCCUCUGAAAACAAUACCAAGAGUGAGGAAGAGCUAUCUGGAGAAAGUUUACAGUUGAAUUAACUACAAACACUGAUAUCUCUCUGUUCUCUACUCUGCAGGGCUUCAGUGUGAGGUAAACGUGGAUGACUGCGCCCCCCAGCCUGGGUCCUCAGAGCCUCGCUGUAGAAACGGAGGACAGUGUGUGGACGGUGUGGGUCGUUACACGUGCUCCUGUCCUCCAGGGUUCGUCGGUGAACACUGUGAGGGUGACCUCAAUGAGUGCCUGUCCGGGCCCUGCCACGCCCCUGGCAGCCUUGACUGUGUGCAGCUAAUCAACGACUACCAGUGUCGCUGUCGCCUUGGAUACACCGGUACAGUCACCUUAGCUUUUUUUUUAAAAAGGACAUUCAGGAGUCAGUUUUGAAUUAGAAAAACCAGCAUGUCAGUAAUAAACCAAUCAGAUUAUGAUCAUAUUAUAUUCUUAUGAUCGCUCUCUUUUGUCCUCCAGGUCGUCACUGUGAGUCUAUGGUGGAUCUGUGUCUAUCCAAACCGUGCCACAAUGGGGGAGUCUGCUCAAUGAACAUGAGCUCAGUCCACGGCUACACCUGCUCCUGCACACCUGUGAGUUUCUCAAACUUCCCACCUUUUUUGGCAAAACAUUUAACACUGGUUUGAACUGAUUCCCCUCCGCAACACUCACUUCCUAAACAGCGUCUCUCUUUUUUUUUUUUAAUCUCACAACAGACAGGUUUUACAGAUGUUUUAUUUCCAUAGAAUAUUAUCAUUGUUUUUUAGAUAUUCAUCACUACUUUCAUGUAUAAAUGACCCAGAAGUUAUGCCUUUACAGAGGAUGUCUGAGGCUCCUGGUCUGAGAUAUUAGCAGUUUGCUGUUGUUACAUUACCUGCUGUUUCAAUGUUUACUUGCAGCUGUUGGUUCUGAGCCUCUGCAGAAGGUUUUUGUCGAUGGAACGGCCCAAGAUUUUAGUCACUGUCGAUGCAAACAAAAUUUGCUCAUUCUGGCCUCUGUUUUCAAGAGAGCUGUCAGUGAAGUGGCGAGCACAAACGGCUACAACGUGGCUGUCGUCCUGACAAUUAGAAAAAUUCCCGCUGGUUUCUGGUGCUUUGUUGUUUGGGAAAAGAAAAUACCUGUGAUUUUCCCUCACAACCCACCCAAAAAAAUUAACAAAAAAAAAAACCCUUAAUGAACUUCCCUUCAGAGACAUACUGGAUCGAGGGCAGAAAUGGAUUUUCCAGCUUCAGGGUGGGCUUGUUCUUUGACACAUUUCUGAUAGGGCGGCACAAUCUGACGUCAGGUUGUGGCCAAGUCUCAGAUCAGCUCUUCAGAAAAGUUCGAAAGACCGUGUUCAGGGGUGUGCUAUCACCUGUGUAGCUCAUUUUAUGAGACUUUGCUGAGGUCUGAAAUGGAUAUCCAUAUUUGACAGUGUUAUUACAUGGUAAAUUACACAUCAGCGUAGGAGGUUUUCUCCUUUGAGUUUUUGCUGAAAAAGUUGGUCAAAAGUUUUGCCAUCAACAGAAUUCAAAUAUCCCUGUCAGUGUUUUAAUGACCCUUUAGGCCUAAAGGGUUUACAAAUCAGUUUAGUUUGCUGGAAGUAGUAAAGUCGUGACUGGUAUGAUCAUGUGGCAGAUUUUAAGAGUCGACUGGUGAUAUUAAUGCCUCAGUGUUUCCUUUUCUAUUUACUCUAUUAUUAGAUCAGCAAUUAAAAGCUUGAUUUCCUCCCCACUAACCUCUCCACUGCUUCCUCUUUUAUUUGCACGCUUCAGAAGGUCACACCCUGGCUGAGGUAUAGUAGUCAAGCAACUGGUCUGUAGGGAAACUGUAAUAGAUGUCAGUUUUGUUAGUCCAUCAGUUUAGUUCAUUGAGUAUUAUUAUGGGCUUUCUAUGUUUGUGUAAAGUCAGACUUUUUGAGGUAGUGGACUGCCAUCUCACGCUAACGUCAUCUUUUCUUUAAUAGGGCUUUACUGGGUUCAACUGUGGGGAAAUUGAAGGCUACAGUUGUGAGAAGCUGCGUUGUCAGCACGGCGGGCGCUGCGUGGAGUCACCCGGUCGCCACCCGUUCUGUCAGUGCCAACCCGGCUUCAGCGGCCCUCACUGCGAGAACGAGCAGCAGUGUCCGUGGACCUGCAAAAACGGAGGAACCUGCAUCAAAGACCCAUCCAACCCCUACCAGUACAGAUGCCUCUGCUCCAUGCACUUCUCUGGAAGAUACUGUGAGAACACACUCCCCACACCACGCACCACAACCUGCCCCUACAUGCAGUGUGAACAGCACUCUGGGGAUAGAGUGUGCGAUGCUCAGUGUAACAACCACGAGUGUCAGUGGGAUGGAGGGGACUGCUCCCUCAACUGGCGGGAGCCGUGGGUCAACUGCGCCGCCAGUGUUCCCUGCUGGGAUCUCUUCAAAAAUGGACGCUGUGAUAAGGAGUGUGACAACCCCGGGUGUCUGUUUGACAGCUUUGAGUGUCAGGAGACCAAACCAGCCUCCUGCAAGUAUGUGACUCUCCUUUUAAAUUCAUUUUACUGUACUUAUUUGUAUUAAGCACAAAGUGAUACUGACGAUACUUGUGGGGCGCUCACACCAAGCGCAAGUAAAAUCAUCCACUCGCUUAAUUCGCGCGAAUGUAGGUGUGUGAAUGAAUAGUUUGAAUAGUCGCUUCAUUCGCUCGUCAACAGUAAUUUCAAUGGUUAUUCCUGCCAAUUCAACUGGUCAGUCAGCUUGUCCUCCAUUUUAGAUACCAGUGAACAACUGUCUGUUUUCAUACAUCACCCGGCAACCUUCAUACUGAGUAGUUAUUGCGACGUGAAUACCCGCUCUAGUUGAGAUUCGCCCAAUUCGCGUCAUCUAGUCGCAUCUUUGCAUUGACUUAACAUGUAAUUCAUUCGCGCGAAUGAUUUUAUUCUUGCUUCGUGUGUGGAAACAGAGUUUUAAAGCCCACUCACCCCCUUUUGCUCCUUGUUUGUGUAUUUCAGGUAUGACAGGUACUGUGCAGACCACUACGGUAACGGUAUCUGUGACCAGAGCUGCUACACAGAGGCUUGUGGCUGGGACGGCCUGGAUUGUUCAUCUGACACUCCAGCCAAACCGGUGGAUGGCUCGCUGGUUAUUGUUGUCCGGUUGCAGCCUAAGGAGCUGCUCGGAGACCUGCGGGGUUUCUUGCGUGCCCUGGGAGCCCUGCUGCACACCAACCUGAAGGUGAAGCUGGAUGAUAACAAGAAGCCAAUGGUGCGACCUUACUACGGUACAGAGGAGGAGCAGGGUCGACACGUGCAGAGGAGCAGAUCCAAGAGGGAGCUGGAGAGGGAGGUUAUCGGGUAAGGACAGCUCACCAAGUCUCCCUUACAUCAUGUGUAAUCUUUUAAACUAUAAACAAGAAUAGGAAUCACCAGUGUGUCACCCUGUCCUCUUUGACACAUGUUCUGUGCAGAUCUGUGGUGCACCUGGAAAUCGAUAACCGUGAAUGUGUCCAGAGCUCUGUGGACUGCUUCUCCAACAUCGAGGAAGCAGCGUCCUUCAUCGCAGCAGCACACAUCAAGGCUGAACUUCCUUACCCUCUGGUGUCUAUUGAUAGUAAGUCGGCCCGUCAGUCUGCAACCCAUUCGAUAAAAGUCAAAACAAAAAAACUAACCGGUUUUAUCUUCUCCAGGUAAUCGAACAGUGAAACCACCAUCACUUGUGCCUUACCUGGUCGGAGUUGCUGUGGUUAUCAUUCUGCUCAUCCUGGUGGUGGGGAUGCUUGCAGCCAAGAGGAAGCAUAAACAAGGAUUUUUGUGGCUGCCUGAUGGCUUUUUAGCCAAUAAAAAUGACAAGAGGAGAGAGCCUGUGGGACAAGAUGACCUGGACAUGAAGUGAGUGGAUAUAAAAUCAGCAUAGUGCAUCAAACAGUAUGUAGAAUUACUAUCAUUGGGUGAGUGUCAUGUUAGAGUGCUGUGUGUUGAAAAUCUGGAAACAAACCAAGUGUCUUCCUUACUUUUCGUUAAGAUCUCUGUUAGAUAACGUAAACAGCUCGAGCAACUGUGGCCCGACUUUUGUACAGUAGGAAUGAAAGCAGAAGAUGUCACUUUCCGCUAAACUUCUGUCUUUUCUCACACCAGGAAUUUCAAGACUCAGGAUGGAGCGUUGAUCGAUGGAGGUCAAGGACAGAGAUGGCUCGAUGAUGUGGUCUCUCCCAAGAAACCAAGAGUAAGUGAUAGGAGAUGGUCCAAAAAAAAAAGCUGAAAUUGAAGAGAGGUUCAAAUAAAAUCAGGUUUCAAGUUUUUGUAAUAUAAGGAAAGUUUUUUGGUUCUUUUGAAUAUUAUUUUAAGCUCUGUUAUUCUUCACAGACGGAAGACAAACCCUUGCUGCCCAUGGCGAUGGAUGGAGCUGUUGACCGCAGGGAGUGGACCCUCCAGCAUCGCAAAGCUGCCGACAUCACCCUCACGCCCCCUCAGGCUGACUUGGAUGCUGACUGUCUAGACGUUAACGUUAAGGGGCCUGGUGAGGAAAUGCGUCAUUCUUAAUUUUGUAGAUCUGAUCAGUUUUCAAUUUCACCCUCACUAAUGAUUUCCCCUCUCCUUCAGAUGGCUUCACUCCUCUCAUGCUAGCUUCACUGCGCAACGGCGGAGGUCCAGACUGCAGCCUGCACGGCGAGGAGGAGGAAGAGAGCGGUGGAGAUGAACCCGGGCCCAGCGUCAUUUCCGACCUUAUCGCGCAGGGAGCGUCUUUAAUGGCUCAAACUGACCGCACAGGUGAAACAGCGCUUCACCUGGCCGCCCGCUACGCCAGAGCUGAUGCUGCGAAGAGACUGCUUGAUGCUGGAGCUGAUCCCAACGCCCAUGACAACAUGGGCAGGACUCCUCUGCAUGCUGCUGUGGCUGCUGACGCCCAGGGAGUCUUCCAGGUGAGACACUUGUCACAAAGAGGUGACAGUGAUUUAUGUGAUAAGAUCAGUCCUCUCGAGAACUAUAUUAUUGUAGUUCUUUAUCAUAUCUAUUGAUUCUCCUCUUAGAUCCUGAUCCGUAAUCGUGCAACAGAACUGGACGCCCGCAUGAAUGAUGGCACCACUCCGCUGAUCCUGGCUGCGAGGCUUGCUGUGGAGGGCAUGGUGGAGGAGCUAAUCCACUGCCAUGCUGACAUCAAUGCUGUAGAUGACCACGGUAAGGAAACUUCUCAUAUAUACAUCACUUGUUAACACUGCUCUUAUGUUGGAAACUUGUGAAUGCCAAAACUCCUCAAAUACAGAGAAGUAUCCACUCUGCAGCCAGGCAGAUCAUUAUAAUCAGGUUCAUGGUCUUUAUGAGUAAAAAAGGGUGAAUACAAGACCCAGCUUAUAUUUGAUGACUUUCAGUUCACAUGCACACCUUUUGUUAACCGUGCUAUUGCUGGUUUUGAGUCCCAUGAUCCUAUGCUACUUUACAAAAUCAUCAAACUCUAUGAUGUAUUACAACAUAACAUUUGAAGAACUCUGAUUUUUGAAAUAAAAAAUUGAACUUGGAUGAAAAACGACCAAUUAUAUGUAAUUUUUCAUUUUGGAUAAUAUAAAUGUGCAUCUUUGUCUUUUCUCUGCCCCUCCUUUUUAGGCAAAUCUGCUCUGCACUGGGCAGCUGCAGUUAACAACGUGGAGGCGACUCUUGUGCUUUUGAAGAAUGGAGCCAACCGGGACAUGCAAGACAACAAGGUCAGUUCCUUUGUUUUGAUUUGUGAUAUUAUAUCUUGUAUUAAAAACUUAUUUGCAUUAGAAUUAAUAUGAUUUCAUAUAAAUAGAUUUUGUUAUUAACAUCCAGACUGUAGUUCUUACCUUAAGAAUCAGCUUGUUUUUCUGCUAAGCACACGUUUGACCAAAAAUUAAUAAGCUUUUAUUCUACUUUGAGCAUUUUGUGCUGUAAUGCUAAUUUAUGACAUCUGCUUUUACUGCUAUGUACUUUUUCCAUCACACCUAAUUCACAAAGACAAUCACAUUUUGAGACACAAGUCCUCCAUUAAAGGGCAAGUCAUAAAAUCAAUUUUCUGCAAGAGUCUUUUUUUGAGGUGUUUUUCAAAUCAAUAUCUCUAUGAUCAAAUAUGACCACACUUGUCUGCUCUCCUGCACGGUAAUAAUAAAUCCAAGCACUUUUAAAAAAGACAUGUAUGUGACUUAGGUGUCCUGUUCCCACUAAAGUCUUCACAUGCUAUGCUCAGGAUGCUUUGCACUUGUUUUUUGAACCAUACAGACUAGUGAAACAACAUGAAAGUAACUGGAACUGGUCAAGUGCAAAUGUAAAAACUACAUAGUAUCAUAAAAAGGGUUAAAUAGCCUGGGAAUUGUUGGUUGACUAGCAGGCUUAAAUAUUCCUGACUCACCUGGAAAAAAUAGAAAUUCAGAAGUUCAUUUUUUGAGUCGAGCAUCAUCACAGCGACUCUCAGCCACUCUAUCGUCGAAUACGUACAAGGCUACUGCGCAAUGAUGGUUUCAGGAAGUGGAGAAAAAAACAUGGAAUUACCGAGAGCUUUUCGGCUUCAAAUCCAUAUACUGGUGGAAGGUGGAACCAAGUUGUAUGACAUGUAGUCUAUGGUUUUUUAUUAUGUAAGUUUUGACAGUGUGUGCUACACAGAUUUACAUUUUAUGUAUUUAUUUAUUUUCAGGAGGAGACUCCGCUGUUUCUUGCAGCUCGGGAGGGCAGCUUUGAGGCAGCUCAGGUUCUCCUUGACCACUACUCCAACCGUGACAUCACUGACCAUCUGGAUCGACUCCCCCGUGAUACUGCUCAAGAGCGCAUGCAUCACGACAUAGUGCGCCUGCUGGACCAGUACAACCUGGUUCACAGUCCACACAACGGGCCCAAUCACAUGGGCGGAGGAGGAAAUUCUUCUGUUAUGUGUGGGGCCAAUGGAGCGGGUUACAUGGGUAUGCGCCCUGGGCCACAGGGGAAGAAGAGCAGGAGGGGUGGAGGUGGGUCAAAGGUGGGAGUCAGUGGAGGGCCAAAGGAUCUGAAAGACUUGAAAGCCAAGAGGAGAAAGAAGCCCGCUGGAGGAGAGGGGCCAGGUGCAGGUGCUGGAGUUGGGGGAGGAAAUGGAGGGGGUACAGGAGGAGGUAGUGCCAAUGGCGUCAAGGCUGCAGGUACACUUCCAGAAAGCUCCGUAACCAUGUCACCUGUCGACUCCUUGGAAUCACCGCAUUCAUACACAGCCGAUGUGUCCGGCACCGUCUCCACCACAGCAAACUCCCCUCCCCUCCUGAGCAGCCCCACCUCCAGACCCAUGCUGCCUCCGGUCAGCCACAUGCUGGGGCAGCAGCAGGGCUGGGUGGGCAUGGCGAAGCACGGCUACAGUGGUCACAUGUUCGGACUUGUUCCACACCAGAUGGGGGGGUCUCACCCUGGUAUGGGCCAACACCACAGCCAGGGCGCCAUGCUCACUCCCAUGAACGUCACCAUGAGCAGAGAGCAGCUGCCGCCCAUCGUCACGUUUCAGAUGAUGGCACCUGGAGGAAGCCAGGCGAUGAUGAAGCAGCCUCAGCCUGGGCAGGUCCAGGUCACACAGGCCCAGGGCCAGACCCAGAGCCAGGGUCACUCUCAGCAGGGUCCUGGCCGCCUCCACUGCUCCCAGAGUCUCAUGUACCAGAUGUCUGAGCAGAUGAGUAUGGCCCACGGGCUCCCUCACACCCUGCAGCUCCCCCACUCUGUCAGCCACGGGGGCCACAGCGGGAUCGAGGGCCAGUCUCGACCACUACCCUCCUAUCCACCCAUGCAAAGCCCUGUGGAUAAAUACCCCACACCCCCCUCGCAGCACAGUUACACCACUGCUGGCUCGGAGGGCACCACCCCUGGCCACUCUGCCCACCCACCCAGUGAGCACCCAUAUCUCACCCCCUCACCAGAAUCCCCAGACCCGUGGUCGUCCUCCUCACCACACUCCAACUCUGACUGGUCUGAUGUCACCACUAGCCCCACCCCUCUGGGGAACCCCCACCACGCACUGCCAUCUUCACACCGCACACACAUUCCAGAGCAGGUGCAGCUGCAGCCGCAGUCCCAGCAGAUGCAGCAGGGCUCUCAGCAGCCUCAGCUGGGAAACAUGCAGGUGUUUGCGUAGGCUGAACACAGGAAAUCAGAAACAGACUGACUUUUGGGUUCUGCGUAGUGAAAUGACACAAACGAACUCAUCAGAUGCUUUUCUCUCUCUUUUUUCUCAUUAGUUUACUUUGUCCUUGAUCAUAGUAAUCAAUCACUUCUCCUUUUGUGUUUUCUUCUCCUCUUUGCACUUAAGAAAACUCUGUGUAUAGUGUCUAUAACAUUAUUGAGUAUUAUCAGUUCUCAGAACCAUCAUUUCUCAGUCAAAGUUCUCAGAACCAAAAAUCUGUGCAGUGAGCUAACGGUCACUGGCAACAAUCAGUUUUCCACGAUGAUCCUUCAAUCCCAGCGGAGCAUCCACUGCUCUCCUCUGGCCGGGUCAGACUUUUCUUUUCGGCCUUUGGCUCCAAAACAAACAAUUUACUAAGGGAUCUUGGAGGAUCUGCUGACCGGGUGGUUGUCAGCUGUAACAAACAGAUGGAUGAGAUGGACUCUUGAGAUCAGACAAAGGACGUUCUGCGUUGAUGUCCGUUUUGAGGACGUUGUCAUUUUGUUCUGCUAUAUGCUAUUCUGUUUCGAUGUUUCAUGUGAUAAGCCUGCCAAUACUAACUCCUUGUUGAAACCAUUUACUGAUAUGUUUUAAAAUGAUGGGUCACAUUCAGUCGAUGCUUUACUUCAGCAAAACUACCUAGUUGUUGCCGUACUAUUUUUACUUCUGUAUUUUGUUCAAUGUGCUAAAGGGGGAAUUUUGAGGAAGAUGUUGCAUGACUUCAAAGACGAACACCAAGACAAGAAAAUCGCAGUAAACAAAAGUGCACACAGGAGCAUCGUUUUACUUAAUUACUCUAUACAUUUGUACCAACAAGUUAAAUGUAGUUACUUUUUUGAUUACUGUUGCUAUAUCAGUGUUUCCCAUCAGAUAUGCUCUGAACCUGCAGAGGGUUUAGUGAAGAUGUAAGUACAGGAAGACAGCAGAGUGAUUCCCUUUAUUUUAAGGCAGUUACUGUUACAAUCAAUAGUUUGGAUGCAGAUGUCUCCCCACAGAUGACGCGGUUAUACUUCGUCUGCUGUUGGGGGAUUCGUGUAGAAGCUUGACAAACUUUAUGCAAAUAAAACAUUUUUUUAGUUUGUUUUAUGAUGUUUUAUGUACAUAGCACAUUCUGCUUCUUGUUACUGAAUUCGAUUUGGUUGUUGACUUUUUAAAAUGUUUUUUAUAUAUAAAUUCUGUUCGCACUUCUUUGAUGAUUCUGAAUGUUACAGAGGUACAUGUUUUGUUCUUUCAAACUGCCUCUUGCUAAAUGUUUUCCAAAAUCAUUUAACCAGUUUUGCCUUUUGCUUAACUACAAUCAGUGUACCUGAGCACCUUUUGAAAUGCCAUGAUUCAUAAACCAAGUCUAAAUGUAAGUAGGGGGGCGGUGAAAUAACUUUUUUUUCCCUUGUUUUCCUUCUGUCUCCCCUCCUGAAGUUCAUGCUUGUCAUAGCUUUGUGUGACUAAUCUGUGAACACAGACAAUCAUUCAUUGUUUUAUUUGUAGAAUUCCAAAAAGGAGCCCAUUUUUUUCUGCCAAAAGUGUACAUUGUGUCAUGUUGUACAUGUUGUUUUCAUUUGACCACUUUCAGUUUGUGUUAUGAUGUGGUAAGAAUUUAACUCAUCACACACAUCCAUCAAAAACAAACAUUUUAAAGACAAAUUACUUCUGCAGGUCUAUGAAAUGAACGGUUAAUGAUUAAUUAAAUAUCAGGUAUCUCUCUAUGCGUUUGUUUCAAAAACAUACGAACUUUCUACUUCACAGUAUCCGCUUUUUUAAGGGUUGAGCAUGUUGGUGCCAUUCAUACACAAAAUCGGUCUCUAUGUUGUAUAUAUAAUUUUUUUUUUUUUUUUAACUUUCCUCUGUUAACCAAAUAGCCUAUAAUGUACAUGCCAUAUGAAGUAGUUGUCACCAUGUUUGUAUGAGGUAGAAAAACUAAAACUGUUGUUAAAAAUUUGUCUUGCAAAAAAACCAAAUGAUCAACCAAAUGUGCUUACUGAAAUAAAACCCAGAUCUUCAUAGA